AUGAACGAUGGCACCUGGAUCACCCUUAGUCCGGCAGAGUUUGCUCAGCUCCAACAGUAUUCUGAGUGUAAGUACCGUCCCUCUCUCAGCUCAAAUGCUUGCCAUUUCGGUGUGGGUUAUUUAUGCCAUCAUUAGCACAACAGCUUCCAGCAUGUGGUGAAUAAGAUGCAUGCAAUCCUUGUCCUUUCUUUCACAGGAAUGGUACAAUUAAUUUGUACUGUGAUGUGUCAUUCUGUGAGGUAUGCCACAAUAACUUAAGCACAGAACAUCCAAGUACAUACAAUAAGAUCUUUUAAAGCCCGGAGAUGUAAAUUUAAGUCCUGACUACAUGGGGAGUGUUUGAGGGGUGUGUGUGUCAUCAAAUACAGGGCAUUGGGCUCAUUUCCCCACCAUGAACCACCUGCAGUUCAUCCUGGAAGCCUGUUAGUCUGCAGAACAGGCAGGGAUGGUAGUGAGGGAUUCAUGUGGGUUUGAAAGGGUGGUGUGUUCCACACAAGGGAAGAAUCUGCAAAGCUGUAUUUAAUGUGAUACUUUCAUUUUUCAAGUACUGCUCCCAGCAUUGAAGUACCAAACUGAGAGCCUGAGAUGCUCUUAAUUCCAAAGGUGGUUUCCCCCCCACCCCACUACUAAGCGCUUAGGCUUUAGCAAAAUUCACAGCAGAAAGAAAUGAUAAAGCUAGUGUACGCAGGUCAAUAACUUGGUGCACUCUCUCGGGUUUUCUCUUCUGCAAAGAUCUGGACUCUGGAAGAGAAGUGUUCCUCCUGCAAAGGCCUAAGAUAACAUUUUGAUACUCCUGUGUGGUAGGGCUCCGCGAUGCUACUGUGAAAUGUGUCAGUUUUCAUGGGGACUCGUAUGUAAGAGGGCUGAACUCUGUAUUUGGAAAUACCAAACACCGAGGGUAGAAUUGGAAGGGACCCGGGUGGCGCUGUGGUCUAAACCACUAAACCUAGGGCUUGCCAACCAGAAGGUCAGCGAUUCAAAUCCCUGUGAUGGGGUGAGCUCCCAUUGCUCGGUCCCUGUUCCUGCCAGCGUAGUAGUUCAAAAGCACGUCAAAGUGCAAGUAGAUAAAUAGGUAUCACUCCGGUGGGAAGGUAAACAGCGUUUCCGUGCGCUGCUCUUGUUCACCAGAAGUGGCUUGGUCAUGGUGGCCACGUGACCCGGAAAAACUGUCUGCGGACAAACACCAGCUCCCUCGGCCUCUAGAGUGAGAUGAGCGUGCAACCCCAGAGUCAUCUGCAACUGGACCUAACUGUCAGGGGUACCUUUACCUUUACCUUUAGGGUGGAAUUCAGUGCUGCGCUGUUGCAAUUGCUCUGUCUGUGCAAGCAUAUCAGCUUGCUGGGCAGCAUGACCCCCCUCUGCUCUCCCCAUGUGCUAUUCUGGGGGUUCUCCCAACACCCCAAGGCAAUUGGGGGGGGUAAAGGGGGAGGAGAGAGGGGAAACCCUCAUUACUGAUGACGUUUAUUAUGUGAAGCCCACCCCAAGUCUCAAAAACCAUGUCUCGUUUUGUUUUCACAGCAUAAUUUUUGCACUUUCCCACCAAAGCCUCAUCCCUUGCAUUCCACCACCAGACCUAAAGGAUAGUUUUUCCAAUGCCUUCUCAAGCAGAUUUCUAUCAUGGAGGAAAUGAGAAGGCUUUCUAAAAAUUGUUUGUGCCUGCGGAUCCAUUCACAUUACCCUUUUUAAUGUAUUUUUUCUAUCCAGGCUAACAAACAUGCUUAAACUUUGCUUGGGGUGAAGUGGUCCAAUGAUACAAAUGUUGCAUCCGUGUCUCAACACAUGAACGCAGCACUUGCCAAGUAUGAAUCUGUACAGCUAUUGACCUAUGGAAAAAAUGCAGCUCAGCCAGGUGCCUGCCUGGUGUCUGCUGGGCUAAGUCUGCAGGGCUUUUCUUCUGUUCUUAUAAUGUGAAUGACCACACGGCCCUCAUCGGUUGAAGUGGGAGAAGAGAGAACACCUAGAGAACAGAUCAAGGGGCAGCUCCACAUCCAAACGGGCUGGCAGUGCAAUUUGUGGGGGAAGGAGGAAUGUUAGUCUCAGUACGGACUAGUCAAAGUCUAAGUCAAUGGGGCCAGCACUAAAGAGGCAGCCCUUCAGUGUGUCCACACAUACAACUAUCUUCUCUGUUUGUGGUUGGUGGAUAUACUUCCACAUUGGAAGGCUGGGGAAUAAGGAUGCACAGAACUAUUUCUUCCCACUGACCUUAUUGCUCCAAAUGUAAUCCUUCUGAGACUCUAGCCCAAACACUGUGAUAUUCAUGACCACUUUAAGAGAUGGGAUCUUGAGCGUUUGAUAUGAGCAGUCCCCUUAGUUUAUUUUUAGUAGCCUUUUUUAGGCAUCUGAAAGCAGAUUCCCUUCUUUUAAGCAUUUUCCUCUGGUAUUUCAGUCGAUGUUGAUCCUCUGGGGCUGACUUCCUAAUCCAGGGCAGCUGAGCUGUGAGCCUGCUGGGAUGUUUCACCUCCUGGAGCUCUGAGACCCCAGGAAGGGAGAUUAAAAAAAGAAACUGGCUUCCAUCAUGACUUCUUACGAAAGAACCCUUCUCAAAUAUUUUAGUGGCAGAAAUAAUGGAUGAUAGCGAUCACAACCUGCUAAAUUAAUGCUGUUCUUUGCACCGGGAGAGCAUGGGGAGCUAAGCUGCUUUCAAGUCACAUCACUCAGUGGUUCAGACAGGAAGUGCUACAGUGAAAGUGCUUCUAUCCCAUGACAGAUGCAAGUUUCCAGUCAUUGAAGGAGGAAAAUCCAACAUCCCAGUGAACAGUUAAUUUUUGCGCACAAGUUUUGAAAUGGAUGGAAAGGGCAUUUAGGCUGCAAACACGCCAUACAUUUAUAUCACAUCUCCCCACCCUUGAGAAUUCUGAGAGCUCCGCUUUGUUAUGGAUGCUGGGAAUUCUAGUUCUGUGAAAGAUAAAUUACAGACCCCGGGAGGGAGAUGUGCUUUAAAUAGGCUUAAAAUGUAUGGGGGGGGGAUGUGUGCUGUUUUUUAAAAAUAUAUAUAUUUUUAUUAAAGAUUUCUUAGAUUACAAAAAUACUUGCAUUGUCUCUUUUUUCAAGUUGUGUUUUCUACAGAUCAGUUUCAUUUGUUGUGAGACAUUAGUAUUAGAUUAGGAAGAAAAGAGGGGAAAGAAGGGGAGGGGAAUUAGGAAACACUGGCCUGCGAGUGCUCCAAUUGGAGAACAGCCUUUACCAAAGGUGUCAUGGACUUUGAAGACGCUCAAACUCAGGAUGAAAGGGAGACAAGUGCUAAGAGGAAGGCACAUUUGGCAAACCCUCACCUUCAUCACCUCCCGCCCCGAAACCUAUGUCCCCACUGUGGAAGGAUGUGUGGAGCCAGAAUUGGCCUCCACAGUCACUUACAGACUCACUGUUCAGACCGUGUUCAUGAAAGACAAAGUUACCCAGCUAUGAGUGAUUGCCAAAGAAGAAAGAAGAAGAGUAGCAAUAGCAGUGAGGAGUGGUGGUGGUGAGGAAAUGGUGUCCCGAACAGGGCCUUGUGUGCUGCAGAUCCGCUGCUGUGUGGAUGGCACUAUCUUGGGAAAGAUUAACCCACCCUAAAGCAGCUGCUCUGAGACCCUUAGUCUCAUGUUUAUUUUCCUGUAUGUGUAUAUAUUCCCCUGGUACACCUUAGGCUAGACAGCUGUUGGGAAUGGAGUGUGGAAGAAGCCAUGCCUAAUAAGAACCCUACCAGAGGGCUCUCAUUAAGCAUCCACCUAACCAGGUUACCUACGUGAAGCCUGCAAGACUAUCUUGGCUGUGAGUCCUGGAAGUCCUGCUCCCUGCCUUGCAGGCCUUUUCCCAUCUGGCCUGGGAGGGUGGGGCCCUGACUGACUCCAGCUACAAAAGCUGAAGCUGCUGAAGAGGACAGAGACCAUCUUGGCUGUGAUGUGUGCAUGUGUUGCAGUAGCAGUCAGCAUCUGAGAAGAUGAAGGAGAGGACAGAGGGUGAAGAAAGCUGUGAGUGGAAGGAGACCCUUUUCUCAACCUUUGGGACCUCCUGGGAAAUUCAGCAAACCUGCUGUACCUGGAAUUUGAUGUGGAUACUGCAGCUGAGUGGGACAUAGUACCAUCCACCUUGGGCCUGUCCAUAAAAAAGCAAGUCUAAAGUGAGAGAGAUUAGGGUGAUGUCUGCUGUUUCCAAGAACUCCUACUGCUGUGAGACUUUUGUGGGAGAGCUGAGAGUUUGUUUGGGCCCUGGUUGAGAAUCCAGAGGCUGAGGUGGUGUGUGUUCCCUACACAAUGUCAAAUGUUUGACAUUGCAACUCUAAUAUAUCUUCUGCUUCAAAGGAAACAUCUGGGGUGUUGUAAAUAUAACGUUUAAGGCGCUCUACUCAUUGCAGGUUCAUUAAUAAUUUCAAAAUAAAGCAGGAUGGAUUUUCAUGAAAUUUUAGAGCCCGCCAUGACUUUUACAACAUCAUUUUGCCCAAGGUGUUGGCAUGGUCAUAUAUAAUCAUUCCUAAGUUUGGCAAGCUGAAAUGACCUUUUGAAGAAACAGAUGACUUCGUCAGACUUCUAUGUAAUUAAUAUUAUUCAUGGUAUUGGCAUUAACUUUCUCCUUCUAGAUUCCACAAAGAAACUGAAAGAUGUUUUGGAAGAGUUCCAUGGAGAUGGUGUCCUAGCAAAAUAUAAUCCAGAACAGGUAAGAAAGCUUGCUGUAAAUGUAUUCCUAAAUUCUAUAUUGAAUCAACACCAGUAGUCUUGUUGGUCCAUUUGAACAAAAUGCACACUUUUGGUUAAAUAAUGCCAUUUGUUAGAAUCAACCACGUGACAUUUUGAGCAAUGCACAACUCCUUCUCAGGCAAGGUGUUUAAAAAGGCUGGUGUUGAUUUACUGUUAUUAAUAGUAUACUAUAUUAUUUUAUAUAUUAUUUCUCUCUCUCUCUCUCUCUCUCUCUCUCUCUCUCCUUUUCUUUGUUAAAUUUGCAAAUAAAAAAGUAAUUGGAAAAAAUAAAGGUGCAAAUAUAUUAUUUAUCACAUCACCGUUUCCAGAAGGGUAGUCAUGUUUGUUUCUAUUGGUUUUGCAUUUCAUUUUCCUCUGAGCUCAUUCUUCUACAUUCUCCAUAUGCGUAUAUAUAUUCUUGCCAAUUCAGGAUUAUACUUCAUGCCUCUGAUAAAAUGGACUGUGAGCUUAUGCCAUAAUAAAAGUCCCAUUGCACUUAGGGCAGUCAUUGCCUGUACCUACUUCCCAGCAGCCCUAGGUGCAACCUGAAGCCUGCAUAGAAUGUAACUGAGCUUCAUUGACUGUCUCCUUCCACAUUCUGUUUUGAGACCGUGACCAGAUGCAGAUUGCAUCGCUUCACCAAGGGCUAGCCUUUUCCGCAUCCAUCCAUCCCUUACUCUGUUUACUAUCUAGCCCAAUGAAGAAUUCUGGAAAACUCAAAUGCUCGUGGCAUUUUGGUUGAUGUAAUAAAGGCAUUGUCCUAAAUAUGGAUUUUUUGAAGAUCUGAAGAUGCAUUCUGAUAGUGUAAAAAGAGAAAUGGAAUAACAGUAACUGAGAGUUGCCUGUAUCAUCAGUUUCUAAGAAUUUGCAAUUUCAUUGUUUAUGAACAAAGGUACUAGCAUGAAUGAAUAUAGCUGCACAUAAGUAUUUUGAUUUUCUAAUCUGAAAUUAGAAUUCUCUAACUUGUGGGGGGGUGAGCAUAAAGUAUGCACACUUGUGUGUUUCAUAGGCUUAAAGUGGGUAACAUUACUACUUCCCCUUUCCCCCCUCUUAAAACUAACUUUGAACAAGUUGAGCAGAAAACAUUCUCAGUCCUCACUGCAUUUGCCCCCAUGUUGAAAGUGUUGUUCCUCAGGUUCUCUGGGGGUGAUUCCUCCGUAUUUUAAGGAGAAAUUAGGAUAGUGCCUUUUCUGAUAUAUAUUUUUUUAGAGAGGUGGGGAAACGUUUCCAAAGAGCAACAGAUCUGAAGGCCUAUGUUCUCUCUCCUAGGAAAAGCAGAUUAGUAAGAACAAUAAAAGUGGGUUGUCCCCACUUCCACGCUAAGAGAAGGAAAUAGCUGCGGUGCUAUUCAAGAAGAACACAAAAGGCUCCAAAACCUUAGAAUAUCAAAUGAAAUUAAAUAAGAAACGGGCACAAAGAGCUUGUGAGGGAAUUCUUGACACGCAAAGUAAUUACGAGGACAAGCCAACAAAAGAAAUGGCAGGAAUUGCAAUUGUGCUCCCUCUUAGGAAGAGUGCUUGCUAGGCACUUAGGAGGGAACAGGGCAAGUGCUGUGUUGUGGGUGGCCGUAAGUGGGCCGCACCGCUUUCUACUGAGAGCACAUUGCUGUGGUUUGUGCCCCACGGCAGGAGAUAUUACUGUGAUUAUUUCCAUUGCACAAAGCAGCCAAUGUAGGUAUAAUUCAUUAUUACCCGCUCUGAGAAAUUACUGCACUUGCCAUUGGGUUUAAUGACUAAUUGCCUUUUAAAACCGCUUUAAAGAACAGAGUUGCUUUCCAGCAGAGGCUGCGGAGGAAGCUGCCCAUAAAGGAGCAGGUGGGGAGGGAGGGUAUUUUCCUACAGUCCUUUUGUGCCGUUUAGCUUUUAUUUGUUUAAUGGUACUCCUACUACUUUAUCCCUGCAGUAAUAACAUAUGGAGAGGGGGUUGUUGCGAUAACCCCCUGCUCCAAAUUAUACCACUGCAGCCACCCCACUUCCUACCUGACUUGGGAAAAGCCAGAGUGGAAUUGUUAUUUCCUGCUCUUUGAGGGGAUAUCCCGUCAUUUCCUCAGACAGCCGCUUGCCUGUAGCGAUGGCAACGUAGCAAUCGCUGUGAGCAGAAAUCAAGGAUUGUACAGAUGUGUCUGGAAGCAGGAGUGGGCGGGAGCUUUUCGGCUCUAACAGUGAACCUGCCUCCUCCUCGCCUCUCAACCGUACGUCCUCUAAUGACACGUAUAACAGCUUCCAGAUAAAUUUCUUAAGUACCUUUAAACCGUUUGCUCCUCCCUUUCUCCCACAUUUCAGGUGGGCUGUCCACUUUUUUUUCCUUUAAAGAACCUUAAAUGUUGAUGUGCUCAGGUCUGGCACUAUGCUUCCAAAAUAAAAUAAAAUUCUGCCAGGUUUGUAUUUAUUGGUCAGUUUUCCACCCAAAGGCCUUUAAGAUGACUUAGAAGAUAAAAAAAGUUUAAAAACCAAGCAACAGAGCAACCUACUAUUACAAGUAUAACUACAUAGGAGCUAGAAUACUAAAAGCAAAUCACUCGAUGACAAAAGGCCAAGCGGAAUAUAGACUAACCCACUUGACUGGAUGCCUGCACUCUAACCUUCUUUUAGAGCAAGUCUAGAGAUGAGAAGAAAGGUAGGCAUGACUCAUGUGUGAUUGCCAUUCCCUUUCUCUCCAUCUGAGUCAGCCUGCCUGAGAGGGGUCAGGAAGGAGAGUCUAAGGCAGGGGUGGCCAAUAUGAUACUUUCCAGAUGUUGAGGACUACAGCUCCCUAAACGGCCUUGGCCCAGUAUACCUGAAGGAGCGUCUCCACCCCCAUCCAGCGCCGAGGGCCUUCUGGUGGUUCCCUCACUGCAAGAAGUGAAGCUACAGGGAACCAGGCAGAGGGCCUUCUCGGUAGCGGCACCCGCCCUGUGGAACACCCUCCCAUCAGAUGUAAGGAAAUAAACAACUAUCUAACUUUUAGAAGACAUAUGACGGCAACCCUGUUUAGGGAAGUUUUUAAUGUUUGAUGUUUUAUCAUGUUUUUAAUAUUCUGUUGGGAGCCACCCAGAGUGGCUGGGAAAACCCAGCCAAAUGGGCAGGGUAUAAAUAAUAAAGAAAUAAUAAUUAUUAUUAUUUGCCCUCCCAUAACCAAUGGGAUAGCUGUGGUGAGUGGCGUUGUCAUCCCAAGCAUCUCGUUGUCUAUCCUUGGUCUUAGGGUUCAGUAGGGUGUGGGAUAUACACACCCUACACAAUAGCUGCAGAUUUGUAUUGAGUAUUUCAUCUAGCCAUAAGAACAUAAGGGGUGCUCUGCUGGUUCAGACCGAAGGCUCAUAUAGUCUACAGUGGCCAACCAGAUGCCUGUUAGAAGCCCCCAAUGCAGCAACAUUCUAGCAACCAUCAUGAUUAAAAGCAUAGGUGUUGUAUCCCAUAUUGAAGGUAACAUUACCAAGAAUGCACUUUUUCAGUAUCUGCAGCAUCUGUUAUUGCACAGUGUAGAAUUGGAUCCAGAGGGAUUUAAACCAUAAAGUUCUGGUCUGUUAAGUUCCCUUAGGCUGCAGUCCUCAAGAUGCUUUGCUGAAAAUGAGCCCCUCUGAACACAAUGGAACGUCUUUCUGAGUAAACACACAAGAUUACGUUGUAAAUGACCUUGGGCAUUGUGUUCACUUAGGCCAACCAACCUCACAGGAUUGUUGUGAGAAUAAAAUGCUAACUUUGUGAUAACCACCCUGUACUUCUUGGAGGAAGUUCCAAAUACAAGGACAAGAAAUAAAAAUAAUAAAUAAACGAAGCAAUCUUUCAUUUAAUCCUUUAAAUAGUUCUUGCAAAAACCCUGCCUGUUCUCUUAUGUCAAAAAUUUACAUUUCAGGGAUAAAAUUUUCACAAGCCUUUUCUCUAGCAUGUACGGUAAACAGUUCCAUCUACUGGGAAAUUUUGACAAGGGCAUGCUUUUAAAAUGCAAAGUUUUUUUUAAAUUACGGAUUUCCCCCAAAUGUGUUCUGAAAUAGUACAGUCGUGGGAAGGACUGUAGCACGUACCAUCCUGAAAGUUUGGUUUGCCUUUGUCCAGCAGAAUAGCUGUUUCUGUUCCUCCUGCUCUUCGGUCCUUCUUCACUGAACUUUGCUUUGUCUUUUUUCCGCUCUUCCUUUCCUCAGAAACAAGACACUCUGAACCAAGUAAGACUUGCUUUCCAUACUCUAGCUCUCACAUGUGGUGUUUACAUGUUGCCUUGCAUGUUUGCUUCUGCUUAAACUGACCCCCCCCAAAAAAUAGGAUCAAAGUUAUGACUUGCAGUUUCAAUCAGUAUUCUACAAAAAUCAGAAAACCUCAGUGCCUCUUCUGUAUCCUUAGGGAGUCAGUGUUGAGAGUACUUAAACAAACAGAAAAAUGUCAGAAUAGUGAACCAAUGUCCUAAUUCUCACAUCAUCUUCAUCCUCUGAGCCUCAUCUAGUCCAACCCUCUGCAAUGCAGGAAUCCUGCCCACAGCCAUCCCUGUGUGGCCUUGAACCACCUACCUUCUGCUUAGCAGCCGGACCCAUUGACCCAUUGUGCCACAGGAAGGGCAGCUUGUGCUGAGCAUGCCAUCCUCUGCUGCAGUGUAAACUCCUGGGACUCAACUAUACAGCUGCAAAUAAAGUGUGUUUUAAGUGCAAUAUACAAUGUGGCACUAAGAUAGCGAUGGUGAGCCUUAUGGAAAAUUCCAUAUAUAUAUAUUUUUAAACACUUAAAAAGAAGAAGCAUUUUCAGAAAGUUUUUUUUAAUAUGUUUGUAGAUUCCACCCUGAAGAGCUUUAGCUGCAUUUCCUAUUUAGGUGUCGCUGCUGCCACUCCACAUAAGCUUAUAGUCCAGUAUGCGCCUCUGCUUUCAAUGUGUGUGAAAAGUGCACCUCUGCCUUUUCUUGUGUGGCAUGUUCUCCUGCGCCUCUGCUUCGGGGGGUGGGGGGUGGAGAGAGAGCUUUCUAUUUUUAUAUUAGCGCUAUAUGUCAUUUUGCAGUUCCACUGUAUACUUUUAGAUUAGCCUUCUCCUACCGGGGCUACAACUCCCAUCAGCCCUGGCAUCAUGAGGCUGAUGGGACUUCUAGUUGCAUCUGGAGGGCACCAGGCUGGGGAAGGCUGCUUUAGAUAUAUCUGUUAUAUAUCUGUUAUGUGAAAAGCUUCAAACAGAGCUCAGUGCAUUCCUGCUGCAUAUAAUGUGCCGCUGUGUGUGUUUACAAUCUGAUCUGUUUCUAUCUCUGGUGUGUUGGGGUAGUUAGGGUUGCACAGGGCCCGAGAUGUGGGGGAGAGGAUACAUUUUAUGAGCGUCCAGAGAUCCAGGGGGCCCUAUCCCUAACCUUGCAAGCCUAGUUGAUGGGGUGGGGAAGGCGGAACUGUACUUUAUAGUGAGGUAGGAGAGCUGAAAAUAAUACUGCCAAUAUAUUUCACAUCUGGCAACCAAUGAACCCCUUUGGUUUCAGAUAGUACAUGGGUAGAUGAAUCUUAAAAGCCUGGGACACAAAUUUUCAAAGCCCUCUAAUGUGUUGUAUAUUUUGCUCUAGGAGACUUAGUUUGGUCAGAAUACACUUCCAGAGUUAACGCUAAAUACAUUACUUCUGGUAAAUGAGCCACCACAAAAAAAAAUUGUGUCCCAGGCUUUUUAGACUUGCCUACUCAUGUACUAUCUAAAAGCAAAGGGGUGCACUGGUUGCCAGAUGUGAAUUGUUUUCCAGCUCUCCGAUCCCACUUUUAUGUUAGAGGAUAGUUGUGAAUGCAUAUUUCCUUGUAUCUAUGUACCUAUUAUCCAUAUCUUGUGAUAUUUGCUGGAGCUAUUCAGAAAUAACAUUAGAACAGAAUAAGCAAUAUUUUGAACAGUGAGUUGCUGGCCAAGGUCUUCUCUAGAAUAGUGUGUGUGUGCUUAUGCAGUUAAAAUUUGUUGUUUGAGAGAAAGAGAUUCGUACUUCCUUAUAUGGCAUGCUCCCUCAAGAACUACCAGUCCCAGAGUUCCUGGUGCAUGGGAAGGAGGGGGUACAGCUGGAGGGAGGAACAAAGCACUAUAAUAGGGAUACUGAUCCCAGGGGCAGCAGGAGCCAGUGCUGCUGGCAGGAUUUACUGGCUCAACUAUAUUUGUGAGUAAAUGCCACCCAGCGACUUCGUCUAUCAAGUUCAAACUUGCAAGUUAAAUUGACUUUAGGAAGUUAAUCCAUGAUUUUUCAAUGAAAAGAGCCAGAAAUAUAAAGCUUUAACUUGAACUAGUCUAUUUAUAAAAUGUUUUCAUCCAUUGGAAUCAAAAUAUACAGUAUCAAGAGGAUAAUACCGUUAUCAGGACCAACCAAAAAGAUACAAAAUAAUCAGAAACUUUCAGGACUGUUCAUCAGGCUUGACAUUAUGUUUAACAAAAAUAGCAAAAAGGGGAGUGGGAUUGGAGGGCAUGUUUCAGAAACAAGGUGCAAUUUCAGAAAUGCAGAAAAUGUAAUUUAAUAAUUAUUACAGUAUUACUUAUCUUUCAUGACUCAUGAGAUUGUAUAGGACAGGUGCGUGAUGGGGGAGGGAGGGGGAGUGUGUUACAAGUUUUUAUCAGGUCACCAAAAAUUAUUCUUGGGCCCUGGUUUCAGAAAUGAAUUCCUGCUGUGCAGUCUGUGGCUAUUUCUCAUAUUAGGCCUUGGGAUAUAAAUGAGACUUAUCUCUGUCUAACAAUAUUUUUGCCAGAGUUCUGAAAGCUGAGUGCUGCAACUGCAAAAUGUGCACUGCAAGCUGGUCUCCAUGAUGCAUCUGUCACAACAAACGUAUUUUAUUUUGCCUUACUUGCUUUGCCAGGGUUCUGGAGCCCAUCAUUGCUGCUGCUCCUCCCAUGCUUGCUUUGAACCUUCAUUAAAUUUAAUAGUACGCCAUGGAUCUGGAAGCAUCCAUCUGCCAUCCCUCAAGGGAUGAUGGGCUGUUCCUGGUGUGAGGGGGAGACAACUCUCAGAUUUGUGUUUGGCUGUUUUUGAGCAAUGCCAUUCAAACCCUGCUCUGUAGCUUAAAGUUGCCAAAUCUACUCUAACUGCAUAUGUCCAUUUAUUUAAAUAUCUGAAUUGCAAAUGUUAAACCACCUAUGGACCAAUGCUGAAGAUAAGCUAAAAUGAGCACUCUAGAGUUAAACAUACCAACUGGUUCAUUUUUUAAAAAUAGCAAGGGGAUAACCUUCUCCUUUCUAAGGUAAAUAACCCAUGGACCGCAGGAGACUGACAUCUCUGACCUAAAAGAUUUUCACUCAUUUUUCCCUGAUGCCGUUUUGUGGAGCUCUAUUGGACCAUACAUGUUGUUCCAAUGGGAUACUGAAUGCUACCUGUUCACGGUUUGUUAAUCACAGGUUACCAUGGUGUAUAUUGUGUAACAUGCAUUAGCAACAGCCUGAAAGCUUGGUGGUUGAUUUUAAUUGUUGCGUUGUCUGGAAGGAAUCCUACUUCUGCAGACCGUCCCUUUUUAAAAUGAGAAGUUAAACAAAUCUAAAGGGCUUUUCUAUUUUGCUUUAUUCCAUUCUUCCCUGAAGCCAAUUGACUAUGAGGGGUUCCAGCUGUUCAUGAGAACAUAUCUGGAGGUGGAUAUUCCAGAGGAGCUCUGCCAGCACCUCUUCAUGUCCUUCAAACGAAAAAUCUGCCAAUAUUCCCCAGAGAGCCAGCGACAAAGUUCCAGCAUUACACAGCUCAGCAACCUUGGUGAGCAACAUCCAUUCUCCUUUGUCUGCUUCACACACCAUCACUAGUACCUGCCAUUUGCUGAUUUACUGGUUCACUUGUUAUUUUUGAAGUUUUUAAGAAGCGUGUUGCAUGUUCAGUCAAAACUGAAAAUGAAGCUGGGAUGUUUUUAGAAGUCGUCUUCUGUGGCAGAUUUGUAUUUAGAAGGAACAAAGUGAGACUUGCAACAAAAUGCAAGUGUGGAGUUCUCUUCCAGUCAGUCUCUUUUAUAAUACCGUAUUUUUCCGUGUAUAAGAUCGUCUUAUACACGGAAUGUUGCAAUUAAAUACGGUAUAUAAAUAAAUACAUGGCACCAUCCAUAUUCUUUUCCCCCAGCCUCCCCUCGCUAUUGGCCUCACAACAAACCCUGAUCUGGUACUCCCCCCCAGCAGCCCCCACUCCGGACAUUGUCCCUUCCACCCAGUUCCCUCAGUUGCCCCUUGGCUACCCAGACCCCCCCCCAUUCCCCAAACGCACUCGCUCAGGCAGCUCUGGCAGUUGCAGCUCCUCAAUCAGCGUUCGCAUCUGCCGGCGCUCAAUACGGUACAUACCGUAAAUACUGAGACAAAGUGCACCACACAGGCGGGAGAGCUGGAGCUGCAGCUACAGUGGAGUUACACUGAGCUGACAGGAGCAACCGCCAUUACGCAGCUUGCCUCACUGUUUGAUGUUUAAAUAUACGGUACUAAAUAUACUGGUGUUUUGAAUAUUUAAUAAAAUGUUGAAGUUGUUCUGUUUGGUGUUUAAAAUAUUUAUCAAUUUUGGGCUCAAAACAUAGGGGUCAUCUUAUACAUGGGGGCAUCUUUAUACACGGAAAAAUACGGUACUCCAUUUCACCCGUUGUUAUCCCUGGUUUCCCAUUUCCACCCUCCUCCAACAACCAGUUGGCAUUCUGUGGCCACUGAGCCUACUGAGUCCACAUUGGAUUCCACCUCCUCCAGGCCAGGAUUCAGGUUAGGCCAUCCACAGCUUGGGUUAAGUUCUGAUCCACCCCACCCCCCACUUGUACUUUGCAUUAUUGGUGAGACAUAAUAAUAUGUGCACACAACCCUUUCUAUUCUAACCAAGUAUUUAUAUAUUUGCCAAGAAGAAAGUGAUGACAGCUGUUUACUACAGACUUGCAAUAAACGUUACUGAGUGUACGUUGUUAAAGCGUGUGUCUAUUUUUCUGUUUCUCUCGGGCUUUCAGAGUCUAAGUCCAUUGAUACAGGCAUCUCUAUCCAGACUGAAGUUGCUUGCGCCCCUGUUACAGGUAUCUAUGAUAAGCUCUUUUAUGAAACCCCUGCUCCACUUUUUAACAAGGACCUCCAUAGCCAUAAAUGGACAGAGCGGUAUUGUACAGAGAUUUAUAAGUACAAAAGCCUAUCUGGGCUUUUCUAAUUUACUUGACUGUUUUCCCACGUUGGCCAACCAGAAACAGGAAACAAAUGCAGCAGUCCUCUCCCAUUGUUGUCCCCAGCAACUGAUAUUCAGAGACAUGCUGAAUUUGAGACUGGAGGUAAUAUACAGUUAUCAUGUGUGUAGUAGCCACUGAUAGCUUGAGUCUCCUUUUAAAGCUGUUCAUGUUGAUGGCCAUCAGCACGUGAAAGUGAACUUCAUUGUUUAACCAUUAGAAACAUAUAGAAGGGAUCCCCUAAGGCAGCGGUUCUCAACCCGUGGGUCCCCAGAUAUUGUUGGACUACAACUCCCAUCAUCCCUGAGCUCUGGUCUUGCUACCUAGGGAUGAUGGGAGUUGUAGUCCAAUAACAUCUGGGGACCCACAGGUUGAGAACAGCUGCCCUAAGGUCAUCUGAUCCAAACUGCUACUAGUGCAGGAAAUUCCAUCCCUACAAAAUAAUCUCUGAGAGAUAGCCAUUCACCAUCUGCUUAAAAAUCUCUAACACAUCAGAGUUUUCCCACCUUCUGAUGCAGUCUGUUCCACUGUAUCAUCAGAAAGUUGUCCUUAGUUUUAAGUCUAAAUAUUUUUCCUUGAAAAUCGAACCUACUGGUUUGGAUCUUGUCAUCUGAGCUGACAGGAGCAACCGCCAUUACGCAGCUUGCCUCACUGUCUCAACCCGUGGGUCCCCAGAUAUUGUUGGACUACAACUCCCAUCAUCCCUGAGCUCUGGUCUUGCUACCUAGGGAUGAUGGGAGUUGUAGUCCAAUAACAUCUGGGGACCCACAGGUUGAGAACAGCUGCCCUAAGGUCAUCUGAUCCAAACUGCUACUAGUGCAGGAAAUUCCAUCCCUACAAAAUAAUCUCUGAGAGAUAGCCAUUCACCAUCUGCUUAAAAAUCUCUAACACAUCAGAGUUUUCCCACCUUCUGCCUUUAUUUGAUGUUGCUGGGUUCCUGUACUCUCUUGCUUCCCCCCUUUUUACCUGGGACUACCCACUCUCUCACUCUGGAAUCCCCGCACAGUCACAUGCAGCAGCUAAGUAAACAUAGAAAACAAACAGUAUUUGAAUGCCAAAGCUUUUUACAGCUCUAUCUCUCUCAGUAUUUCAGUGCGACCUGGCAUUUGUAACCAUCAGGUCUUGUCAGGAAACUGUUGCUAUGCAGAGAUGGCUCUUUCAACUCUACAAUGCUGAUAUUACAUUGAAGUAACAUCUACCAUUCUGGUUAUGUACCAAAGACAAAAAUAUUUAUUUGUGUGUGUGUGUGUGUGUGUGUGUGUGUGUGUGUGUAUACAGUGCUAUUUUUCUAGAAAAAGAGAUGCAGGAACUCACCAUGAACGCCUCCCUUGUUCUCUUAUAAUGACAACCUGAGAGGUGCCGGAACUGACUUCCAGCAAGUUCCGGCUGAAAAAAAAGCAUGCUUCACUUCAAACCCUCUUUUGGCAUCUCAGGAAACAGCCCAUUCAGCUCAGGGUCUAUUUAAAUCUGUUUUGUUCCCACCCCAUUCACUAUUGGAAAAUCAAAAUAAUGCCUUUUGACAGAAGUGGAUGAAAUUUGUAGGUGUGGUAACCUAUCUGCAGAAUUACAAGCAAAUAUAUAUACAGAGAAUUUUGUGCUGGAGGCCUGUCAGUCACAGUGUUCUCCUCUUCCCACUUUGGUAUUUGGUCUGCUUCUUCCAUCACCCCAUCCUGACAUUAUGAUAAGCUUAGAGACAUUACUUUCACCAGAUGCUUUUCAUGUCUGGAUCACGAGUGUGCCACAAGGGGCUUCAUGGGUCCCUGCUGCGACUUGUACCACCUUGUACAGAUCCUGCUUCAUCACUAAAAUCCUCCUGAGGCACCCCACCCUCAGGAUUCAUCUGCAUCCAAUGCACACUUCUAAAUAUAAAUCUUUUUAUCCUGACAGCAUAGUUAUUGUAAAAGAGACAACUGGAGCUUGUUCAAACGCAUUUUAUGAAAUACCAAGCUGUGAUAAGAUUAAGUGUAAGGAGUUCUGUGGAAACAGCAGCUUAGGAGCUUCCUAAGAGACAGUCAGUUUCUGUUUUCUUCUCAGGUUCCUCUGAUGAAAUUAAUAUUGAUAGCUUGCUAGACUUCAUAGUUCAACUAUGGCCUGACCUACUGAAGGGAAAAAUAAUUAACUGGCUAAAACCUGAUUCUGCUUUAAAUGCAUAGUGUUGGAUGUGAUCAAGCUAGGGAGAGUCGUUUCUGUCUGAAAACACUAUGAAAUGCAGUGACAACACCAGUCCUGUGGUAACAGAGAUGGAGAUGAGUGUAAGACAGCAGAUCAGAGAAGAAAUGAGCCUUGUGUCUAAUUUGAGAGAACUCAGCAGACCAGGCCUAACUUCCUGGGGACUGAGCUGGCACAAGCAGUACAUGAGAUACUUCUCCAUCUGCAUAGGACACUAAAUGACAGUCCUCAUCCAAUAGGCUCCAAGUUGGAGUGUGCAGAAUAACACAUUCCAUUAAAGAGUUCUGACUUCUUGCUGUGUUUGAAUUUAUAGGGAUCAAUGGGAAAACACUCCUAACUGCCACAGGAAGGCACACACCUGAACCCAAAAGCUCCCCGGGAAACCUGGCAGAGCCACAAACAGCAUCUCUAAGUCCUGCUCCAACUGCCAAUGCCAACGCCCUUGGGAAUGCCUCACCUAGCUGGUCCAGGUCAUCUUCACAGAAAUCCACUGCUGGUACCCCCUCAGCUCAAAACUCCUCAGGGUCCUCCAAGCUCUCCUCAGGUUCUCUGCUUAGCCCACAGUCCCCAGGUGAGUCCCAUCUUUGCUCUUCUGUUCCUGAGGCCUUGUAUGAACACUGCAAUUUCCCUGCCCCAAGUCUCUGUAGCUGUGAAGAGAAGCCAGGUCCGCAACAUACAUUUACGUUGCAUUUAACACACAUCUGAAAUACGUGACUAUCUCCGAAGAACCCUGGGAACAGUGAAUUGUUAAGUGUAUGGAAAUUGUAUUUCUGCAAGGGUUAAACCACAGUUCCCAGGAUUUUGUGGAGAGGGGGAGGCAUGUAUUUUAAUGGAUGUGAGGUGUGUUUUUAUGGUGUGGAUGUGACUGCAAUUCUCACAGGCCAAAGCCACAACUUGGAGUUCUCUGUUUGGUUCUGUCAGCAAAGUCUCGUUAGGAAACCUGAAAUGGAAGUUGAACAGAAACACUUUUGAUCUCUGUGAGAGUUUGGGAAGCAAACACAUCAGCAUCAGGACAAGAAAGUGAUUUUUCAAAAAGCAAUUCUCUCACUGGGUCAAUAACUAACUGUGUUACUUCCAGCAUUCUCUCUCCGCAGGCCCAGCCACAUCCAUCUGCUGCACAGUGGUAGUCAGGGACUCCUGAGAGUUUCCUCUGAGACGCUCUGGGAAGCACAUUACUGUUGCCUUUGCAAACAUUGGAGUGUAUUUGCAACAAGCUAAUUUAUCUGAGGUGGUGUCACCAGCUGCCUCAGCUCAGCUGCAAAGCCACAUUUCUAUUUCAAGCACAGUGGAUUCUGCAGCAUCUUUAGAUGUUGCGGCGGGGUGGGAGGAAAGUGUCUUGUUUUGCUGCUGAAAUCCUGUCAGCCAGUAUCCUUUUUACCAUGGCAAUAGGAGGCAGGUUGGGCAAGCCACGAAGUGUCUUAUUGCCCACUCCUUUGUGUCAGGGAAGCAUAAGUGGAAGAAGAUGCGAAUCUCCUCAUUUCCUAAGGGCCAGUGCUCACAUCAAAUGUGCAUGUCUACACUGCCUUAUGAUUUGCCUGUUGACCAAUUUUUAGUUGCUGGUCUUGAGCCAGCUACUUCUCUUUCAGUAUUUGGUUGUUUUUCCUAGGUCUUCCUUCUCAGAGGUUAUAUAGAUGAAUUUGUAUUCUCAUACAUAUAUACCUCCUCAUACCUUAUAUACCUUGGCAGUCGUGUUGAUUUGGGAUGUUAUGCAAGAGGUUUACUCAUAUGAGCACCACUGGCCAUGCUGGCAGUGGCUGACAACAUUAGGGGAGCACCAGGCUGGGGAAGACUGCUGUGGAGCAGCAGCAACAACAACAACAAAAGCCAAAUUUGCUCCAUCAUCUACAUGUGAUGGCUUUUUAUCUAUUUAAAGUUGGCUCGCAUAUUAAUCAUAUUAAUCAUUUCUUUCCCAGGCCAACAGAUAAAAUACAAUGGGAUAUGAAACCCCAUAAAACCACCCUCCAAAAGUAAUUUUAAAAGUGCAAGCUGAGUAAAACAAAAACACAGUAAAAAAAAAAAAUCCCACACACAUAUACACACACAACUUUAACAUGACAUGCUUAGCAUUUCCUCCAAAGGUUAAAAAAGGAGGAGGUGCAUUGACACACUUCCUUGGAGUUCAUUCCAAAAACUUUACACACUGUUAUGAGGUUUUUUUUGGGGGGUAGAUCCCCCAAAUGUGUUAUAAUUCAGUAGAAGUGAGAAUUAAUCAAGGUUUGAUUAAACUUUGCCAAACACUGAAACCCCCUGGAUUUAGUUAUGCUAACUGGCCAAGACCUAGCUUGCAGAGCUAGGUGGAUGGGUCAUUUUGUUGUUGUUGUUCAGUCGUUUAGUCAUGUCCGACUCUUCGUGACCCCAUGGACCAGAGCACACCAGGCACUCCUGUCUUCCACUGCCUCCCGCAGUUUGACAAACUCAUGCUGGUAGCUUCAAGAACACUGUCCAACCAUCUCGUCCUCUGUCGUCCCCUUCUCCUUGUGCCCUCAAUCUUUCCCAGCAUCAGGGUCUUUCCCAGGGAGUCUUCUCUUCUCACGAGGUGGCCACAGUAUUGGAGUCUCAGCUUCAGGAUCUGGGUCUUUAGCAGGGGACAAAGGCUAGUGAUGGACCUUGGAGUCUGUGAGCAGGAGAAGGAGUGGCAGAACUGCAAGGGAGCUGAGGAUGACAGCCUGGAAGAAAGAGACACAGAGGGUGGCUUUUUGCUGUCUCUGGAAUCCAGUGCUGCUCUUAAGGGAGAAGCCAGAACCUCACAGGAUGUGAAUGCUCUGCAAUCCCUCCCUCUAGGCGCAAGUAGUAUAUAUGUGCAAAUAAAACCAUAUCUCAUAAAGAUGCCGUAGUCUGUGCUGUGCCUUGUUCCCAAAAGGAAACUCAAUCCCUGAAUAAGCCCCUGGAAUCCUGCACCGCUCAUGGAGAUUGGGGUGGCAUGCAACAAUUCAUAGAGCUGGAAGGGGAGGAAGUUAAAUGGCCUCAUUACAUUCAGCCACCCACUAGGGAGUGAUGAAAGUUUAGUGCAGUGCUAUGCGCAGCUUUCCUGAAAGUAAGGAGCAAACUGGAAGGUUUGGGGAGACUUCCCCCUAGCUGGAAGGAUUGCUGUGCUGCACUUCUGCUGUUGCUGCCUCAGUUAGUUUAGACUGCUAGAGAUAAAACAGACCUAUAAGGGAUGCGCUGCUGGCAAGCCCUUCCUGAGGUGCUUGUGCCACUGGUAAAGGUAAAGGGACCCCUGACCAUUGGGUCCAGUCGUAACCAACUCUGGGGUUGCGGCGCUCAUCUCACUUUACUGACUGAGGGAGCUAGCGUACAGCUUCCGGGUCAUGUGGCCAGCAUGACGAAGCCACUUCUGGCGAAAUCAGAGCAGCGCACGGAAACGCCGUUUACCUUCCCGCCGGAGUGGUACCUAUUUAUCUACUUGCACUUUGACGUGCUUUCGAACUGCUAGGUUGGCAGGAGCAGGGACCGAGCAACGGGAGCUCACCCCAUCAUGGGGAUUUGAACAGCCGACCUACUGAUCAGCAAGUCCUAGGCUCUAUGGUUUAACCCACAGCGCCACCCGCAUCCCAUUGUGCCACUUGUAGGAUCAAGCAAAAAAAAGGCCCUGAGUUGCUGUUGUCUUUUUAAUGUCUACCUGACUGCAUAGUCCAACAUCUCUUUUUGAGCUUUGAAUCACCUGUGCUUAUUUUUGACCUUUUCUUUAGGCUCCAGAAGCUUGGAGAAGAAAUUACCAUUCAGCCUUCGAAAGAGCCACAUCUCCCUGAAAACAGCCAGUCCGCAUUUGUCAGCCCCACUGGCUCAGGUAGUCUACCUGAAGGACAUUGUCUGCUACCUGUCACUGCUGGAAAGGGGACGGGCUGAGGAUAAGCUGGAGUGUAAGUGCUUGGGUGACAGGAAGAGUGUCUGUGACCACAGCAUCAGGUCUUAAGACUUGUUUUGUGCUGGGGUCACUUGGAGGCAGUGGUGUGGUAUGGGGGGGGAAUGGGAGGGUUUGUGGCUUCAGGGGAAGCAAUAAUGGCUUUGAGCUUCUAGUUCUGGCAAGAGGCGUGUGUGUGUGUGUGUGUGUGUGUGUGUGUGUGUUGUGAAUCAACCUGGUCACAAUCCUUCAUCCCUCUCCACUCAUUCUCCAUCCAUUUUCUCUAGAGCAUCAUAGGCAGAUAUGUUGGUUAGGUGGCACCUCUUAGUUGACCAGAUCAACUUAGGUCAUAUAUCUGUGCUGCAUUUGCUUCUCUUGGGUCCCUUCUUCAGAGUUUAAAAACAGGCCUGAGGUGGUAGACCCUUUUCUUAUAUUCAAAUUAUGGGAUAAAAGAUACUAUGUGUGUAGGGGGCUUUAAUCUAAUCCACAAGCCCCACACAUAUUAUUUCCUGCAACUUUAGAUCAUUCAUAACCUCCACAAACUGUUUUAAAAAUGUAUCUUAACAGAGAAUCACAAAAAGUAAACGGACCAGAUCCCCUCGGAACCCUGCUUGUUGUAAUUUGGAGUACUGCCUUUAAAAGAAAAAAAUAUGUCAGUCUCCAGGAGAAAACAUGAUCCUUAACUUCUCCAAAGUUAAAUUGGAUCAUUUAGAGUUUAGAGACUUUUCUUCUUGGAGGAAUAGAGUCUGAAAUUUCCUGGACCCUGCAGCUCAUCUAUCCUGGCUAGCAGAAACAGACAGAAAAGGACAACUAAAAUGCCAAACUCCUGGCAAUCCCUUAAGUCAAGCGUAGGGGGUGGACCACCAGCUCCUGGGUUGGGGCUACCUAUGUAUGCCAUUUGGGUGUAUGUGUGUAUCUGCCUGUAUAUGAGCAUAAGCUGUGCUCUCUGGAUGGAUGGUGUAUGUCAAAGUGUGGGUGAUCCUGGUUAGCCAUCCCUGCUUUAGGCCUAUCCAACUUAAGUAGACAUUGUGUGUGUUUAAAAAGCUGAAACGUCACACAAAUUCUUAGGCAAAAUUUCAGAAUUUAAAUUUGAUCUUGCAUUUUAAGCAGUUUCCAAUUUGAUUUGGAAGGGACCUUUUAAUAUAUAUAUUUUUUAAAAAACAACUUUGGGGACACUCCAGCUCUUUGGCAUGCAGUACUGAUUGCUCCCAUUAAAAGAAGUGAAUUCUAACACAGAAGAAGAUGAAAGCUCAUCAAUCAGUUUCCAUACAAACUCUUUGCAGAGCUGACUCACAUAACCACAGAGCUUACCAUGGCUGUUUUCCUUCUCCUUCUCCCUUGGAUGGCUCUGAAUUUGUGCCAAGCUGACUGUGUGAUUCAUUUGCCAUUAGAAACCCCAGAGUCAUUUUGCGCACCAAAGGGCAGGUUAAUUAUGAAAAUAUUACAAAGCAGAAUACUGUAGGAUCCUCCUCACAGGAUCAGCUUGGGAACCAUAAUGUGAAUAACCCGCUCCAGGGAUAACAUUGUACCCAGGAACUUUUCAAAAUGUCACAGCAGGAAUGGAAAUGUGUUGUUGGAAUUGGCCUCUGGAAAGAGCAUCACUGACAUGUAGACUGAUGAACAGGCACCCUGGUAACAGAGCUUGCCUGUUUAAAAGGAUACUUACAUGUCUAAGAAGAGGGGUGUUUCUGUUUUUCCUUUUGUUUUUUGUAACUACUAAAGAGGUUUCUUCUAGGGCAAAGUUGCUCAUCUCUUCUCAUUACCUGCACAGUUAAAGUACUGCACAAAAAUUGUGGUUUGCUUCAUGGAUUGAGCUGGUUAUCAUGAUCUGAAUGAAAAGCAAGAGAUGAAAGAGGGUACCUUGCAAUUGUGCUAUGAUGAGGAGGAGGAAGGCAAGCUGCUACUUAUUUAUUACUCUCCACAAUGCACCGAGUCAAAGCCAUGGGGAAUAAUUUAUGGCUCUGUUACAUUAGCAUUUCAGGAAACUGUGCAAGACUGCCCUCUGGUGCCCUUUGCUUGUUUUUCUUCUGCUUUUCAAUUGUUCUUAAAAGACACCUCAUACUGAUGGAUACGACAUCUCUGUUUAUCAAAGAAUUUUUGCACGAAGCUUUUAUAAAAGAAAUGCCCCACAGUCAGUUUCUUUCAAGUGGUCACCUAACAAAAAAUAUUUGAAACUGACAUUAUGUGGAGCAAGCCAAGCAAUUGAAGAGUCAUAGCACACGGAGAAUGUGGAGACCAAAAGAUAGACACAACUCAACAUGACACCAGGAAUACAAGUGAGGAUUAAACCACAGUACCCAAAGCAGCACUGAGAUCAGCAGGCAGGAUUGCUCUGAUGAAAUAACAUGGUCAUGAAGAUAGGACCAGAUAGGUGUUGCAACCAUUGAACACUAUUUUUUUGCCAGUUAAAUCCCUGUUUUGCUAGUUGGUUGAUUUUGGCAUUCCUUAUUAUUGUUAUUUUUCCUGCAUGUUAAAUCAGCUGUUAAUGAUGCCCAAGGCUGGCUCCAAGCAGCAGCAGAGGAAGCCGCUCCGGCGCCUGGGGCGGAGUCUGCCUGCCUCCUCCCACUCAGCCGCCCUACAGCUGGGGGGGAGGCAGUGGGCAAACCGUAUGGGCAGCUCAGAGCCUGCACAUGCCCAAGCCACUGCGUCUCUCCCAUGAGAGACGCGGUGGCUCAGGUGCGCUACAGGCCUUGCGGUGAGUGCUGCCCGGCAUUUUGUCAAACCUCCCCCCCUCAGUGGUGACACCUGGGGCGGACCACACCCACCGUACACCCCUUCCUCUGCCCCUGGCUCCAAGUCUGAGGAGCAAAGUGCUCAUUGUGUUCCAUCCUCCAUCAGUGGACUGUGCAGGGCUUACCUGGCAGCCCAGAGUAAUGUUUAUGGAAUAUCUACUUCUUGAUCCAGACUCAGAAUUCCAUAGCACUUGGGACUAAGCCUAGGCUGCUCAAGCCCAAGACUUACAGCAGGCAAAAAAGGAAAAAGGGAAUUCUGGAAGGAAGAACGCCAGUCUGCAUGUAGUUGUAAGCAAGGAGGGGACACUGAAAUGAAGUUGCCAUCUAAUAAGCACAGCCCAGGUUCUUAUUUCUAAUAAUCUUAGGCCUUUUAACAUGACACUCUGCACUCCAAGCAAUGCUAAGCUAAUGAGUCUAGUUGCCAUUUAAUACCCCACAAACUUUAAGGGGGGGGUGUGAUAGUGGCUAGACCCCACCACCUGAUAUUGCUAGGAGCACCAGAUCACACACAUAAAAUCAAAGUGGCAUCCAUAGUUGUUCCCACCAGGCUGUUGGCACCCUGGCAACUACCUAAGGAUGCCAAGUGUCGGUGCUUGCACUGCCCAAGCUGUGCACUUAUAUUAAGUUCACUGAUGAGCAUGUUCAGAAAAUGUAAGAUAUAUAAAAUAGGUAGAAUGGUGUCACUUGCUUGUUGAAGUGCAUGUAGGGUUUGGUGUGUCAUAAAAUCUUUUAGUAGGGCCUCUGUUGGUCAGGCCAGAACCAAAACCUGACUGCACUCAACCCUAGGCCAUUGUCUAAGCUUGCACAUGACUUCACAGGGCAACUGUUUCUGUCUAGGUGCUGACGGGAAGUGAACAGUGAAGGGCUCUCAACAUCAACGAAUGCGCUACUCCAAUAGGAAGAGCGUAGCUGAAAGAGAGGUACCCAGCCAAUCCCUUGGGCACUGGAAAGUUAGUGUGGUUUAAUAACAUUUGCUUUCUUUAAAAAGGUACAUGUAGAGUAUGGGGCCAAUGAACACUCCCCCCCAAGGCCAAAGAUCCCCCUGGAAAGCGACUUGGACAGCUCCCAAGGGCUGCAGUUUUAUUUCCAGCCAACUCCAGCAACGAACUUUCAGCCUCGUCUCUCUUGCCACCCUCCCUCCCUUCCGGGGCCAAACUAGAUGUGAUGCUAAACAUGCCAUUAUCAGACAUGUCUAUGGAUUUGCUUGCUUUCUUUAAAAAAAAAAAAAGCAAAAUAUGUGGCCCACACCACACGCCUGCUCUUAAUUUGUGUUCUCUUGCAGUUAUGUUUCGCCUCUAUGACACAGAUGGCAAUGGCCUCCUGGACAGCUCGGUAAGCCAUCUUUCAAAGCAGCACCCUUCUCAAGAAGGCGAGGACAUAAGUCUUUCUAAAUGUUUAGAGGCCUCCCCAUGUGCAGAGGAUCAUAUGUGCAUUUGUGAUAUCUGAUUGGUCUCUGGGUCAAGCUCGUAGGUCUCGGGGGGGGGGGAGGUGUGGCAUCAGCAAGCAAUUCAUGAGCCAUUCCUAUGCCGAUAGGUCCUGGCAGGCUUAUCUAGUGGCGGCGGCAGUAUGGCUGAGUUUAGCCAUUCAGUUUCCCAGUUUUUCGGAUGUAGCCUUGCUCCAAGGCAUUGUUGGAAACCCAACUGCUCUUUUUAAGGGUGGGACAGAGGGAGCCAUUGAUGUUGGUGGUAGUGGCGGCAGCACCAAGGGAGGGAGGGCAUCAAUGGCAAAUGUAAGGGGACCUUUAGCUGCCAGGACCCACUCAAGCCUGAUGCCACACUCACACACAUACAUCUUUGAUACAGAUUUUGAGGAUGUUAAGGCCUUUAAUGAAGCUUAGAUAUGUUAGACUUCCUAUUUUCUUUACAAGAUAUUGGCUUGAGAUCCCAUAUUUCUUACUAGAAAUUGCAUACAAGUCCUGCUAUUUUUCUGUGUGCGACACAUAGCAUUAUAUAUUACCCUUGAGCAAGUUCUUCAGUGGAAUUAUCCUCAAAGCUUCCAAGAAUGAGAAACCGAACCCACAUAGCUACAUCGUAAAGACAGGAUGUCUUCCUUGUGUCGUAGUAUAUGUUUGCAAUGUCAGCAGAUGCAUAUUACUACAUUACUGUAAAUCCAGGGUGGGGAAGCUGGUGGUCCUCCAGAUGUCGCUGGGCUGCAGCUGCCAUCAUCUCUGCCCAUUGAUCAUAAUGGCUGGAGUUGAUGGGAAUUAGAAGUUCAAGCAACAUCUGGAGGACCACAGGUUAUCCAGCCCUGCUGAAGAUAUGCACACAUCUACAUCCCCCCCCCUUUACCUUCCUUUUUGUCUUAUUUCUGAAACCAGGAGCUAGAUCGUAUUAUCAAUCAGAUGGUUCAUGUAGCAGAAUACCUUGAGUGGGACUCCACAGAACUGAGGCCGGUGAGUUUCAUUCGUGUACAAGUCUCUGCUGAGCAUGAUCAGAAUUAAGUCAUUAAGGCUCUCUUUGCUGCACCCUUGAAGAUCUGCUAUAUAUCCUACCAAUGGAAUAACUUUUGUUUGAUGGGUUGAGAGAGGAUCUGUUGAUUCUAAUUAAAUUUUGUCUCCUUCUACAGAUCUUGAAAGAGAUGAUGGAAGAAAUAGACUAUGAUCAUGAUGGAACUGUGACGCUGGAAGAGUGGAUUCGGGGUGGCAUGACCACUAUUCCUUUGCUCGUUCUGCUGGGCAUGGAAACUGUGAGUAGCUGGCCUAACCUCAGAAAAGAUGAGCCAAAAGAUGUUCAGUAAAGGUAAAGGAACCCCUGACCAUUAGGUCCAGUCGUGGCCAACUCUGAGGUUGCAGCACUCAUCUCGCUUUAUUGGCUGAGGGAGCCGGUGUAUAUCUACUGGGUCAUAUGGCCAGCAUGACUAAGCCGCUUCUGGCCAACCAGAGCAGUGCACGGAAACGCCGUUUACCUUCCCACCAGAGUGGUACUUAUUUAUCUACUUGCACGUUGACGUGCUUUCGAACUGCUAGGUUGGCAGGAGCAGGGACCGAGCAACGGGAGCUCACCCCGUCACGGAGAUUCGAACCGCCAACCUUCUGAUUGGCAAGUCCUAGGCUCUGUGGUUUAACCCACAGCGCCACCUGCGUCCCUAUAAAAGAUGUUCAACUGAGUAGUAAAAAAAAAGUAGCUAGUCAAGAUUUUUCUCCUCUUUCAGUGAGGGUUUAAAUAUGUGAUACACCCGGUUUCUUUCUACUUGUAUAUUUGGUUCAAUAAUCUUACGGCACUUCAAAAUGUGAGCAGUUUCAACAAAUGGUUGUAUUUAAAGCAGUUAUGGGGAACCUCUAGAUGUUCAGAGAAUCAUAGAAUUGUAGAGUUAGAAAGGACCAAGGGUUAUCUAUGCAAUGCAGGAAUCUCAACUAAAGCAUCCAUGACAGAUGGCCAUCCAACUUCUGCUUUAAAACCUCCAAGGAAGGAGAGUCUUCAACCUUCCUAGGGAGGCUGUUCCACUGUUGAACAGCUGCUACCCCAUCAGUAAGCUCUUCCUGAUGUUUAGUUGGAAACUAAAUCCGUUUGUUCGAGUCCUACCCUCUGAAGCAGCCCAAAACAAGCUUACUCCAUCUUCCACGUUGCUGGACUCCAGCUUCCAUCAGCCACAUCACCAAUGUUGUAAUCCAACAACAUCUCGGGAAUCAUUGUUCCCCACCCCCAAUUUAAAACAUUGAUGUGUAUAAGGGAGGAGGCACCACCGCUCAAUGGUGGAGCACCCACAUUUCAUGAAGAAGGCUCCUGGUCCAGUCAAAAGGAUGUCUGGCAGCAAGUGCUGAGAAAAAGAGGCUUGCUUAGAACCAUGGAGAGGUGCUGCCAGUCAGGGAAAAUAAGAGGUGAGUUAUAAUAGGGUUACCAGAUGUCCCCGGGGACAGUCCCGGGGACAGUCCCCGGAUUUGCAAAUCUGUCCCUGGACAAAUUCUGUCCCCGGAAUGUCCCCAGAUUUGCAAAUCUGUCCCCGGGAAACGUGGCAGCGGCAGCCUCAGCAGCCCAGAGCCAACCUGGUAGUGCAGUUGGCUCUGGCUGGCUUCAGGAGCUGCUCGCUGCCGUGGCCCCCGCCAUUUUUCCUGCGCCACAGCAGUGAGCAGCUCCUGAAGCCAGCCAGAGCCAACUGCACUACCAGGCUGGCCCCUCCUGGGCAACAGCCAGCCGCCUAUGACUCCCGAGCCUCCCCUGAUCUGUCAAAACAGGGGGAAGGGGGCAGGAGAUUGGGAAAGGCUCGGGAGUCACGGGCGGGUGGGGCGCCAUUGCCCAGUUUUAAAAAACCUGCGCAUUUAUGUUUCACAGGGUGAGAAAGAAGGGCUUUGCACCUCUAUACAGUAUGCAUGUGUGCUUGGGCCCAGGGUCUUUUGCCUCACCAUCCCCACUACUGACUCCCUGUUGCUACUCAGUUUUGUUUUGUUUUUUUAGAAAAGUGUCCCUGGAUUCAUUGAAAAAAAUCUGGUAACCAUAAGUUAUAAUGUUAUAAAUGCAUUGUAAAUAUGUGACACCAGGAGGCGCUGUACAGCAGUCAAUGGAAAAUUGCUUUGAGAGCUAUAUAACGGUUUCUUUCUUAGCAUUUUUAAAGAUCAGUGUAGAUCCAACCUUGGUGUUCAUGUAAAGGGAGAGUGUUGGUGACUAUCACCCACAGCUUCUUGGUGGGAUAAAAAAGAUGGAUAGAAAGACUGGUAAAAAGUCAGAUCCCUUAUUCAAUAUCAAUGUGUGUUUGAGGAACAGGAAUUCUUUGGGAACAGGAAUCAACUUGGUGGAUCCACGUUUGGCAAGGCAACUAAAUGUGUUAAUGUUAAUGCAUACCAUUGCUCAUGCAUACCAAGAUGCUUUGCCUCCCCCUGUUGUUUUGACUAUAAAUAUCAUUCGCACAGCACAGAUGAUAGCUCUGCUACAUUCAGGGAAAGAUACUUACCGUAUUUUUCGCUCUAUAAGACGCACUUUUUCCAUGCUAAAAAGUAAGGGGAGAUGUGUGUGCAUCUUAUGGAGCGAAUGCAGGCUGCGCAGCUAUCGCUGAAGCCAGAACAGCAAGAGGGAUUGCUGCACAGCGAUCCCUCUUGCUGUUCUGGCUUCUGGGAUAGCCGCAUGAAGCCUCUUCAGGGCAGCAGGAGCGUUCCUCCCGGUGCGCUGAAAAGGCUUUGCGUUGCUUUCGCUGAAGCCAGAACAGCAAGAGGGAUCGCUGCGCAGCAAUCCCUCUUGCUGUUCUGGCUUCUGGGAUUCAGAAUAUAUUUUUUCUUGUUUUCCUCCUCCAAAAACUAGGUGUGUCUUAUGGUCUGGUGUGCCUUAUAGAGUGAUAAAUAUGGUAAAUCAUUUGUGUUGUCAAGGUCAACAAACACAGGUCCUAAUAGCUUACAGGCGCAGUUCUCAAGGAGUAUCUUUUGCACAAGCCCUUUUGAGAUAAACAGAACUUUAAAAAGAGCACAGAAUAAAGUCAAUGAUAGCAAAGGAAAAGAAGAAAGGUUUUUGUUUUUUAAUACAGCUACUUUCAAAAGUUAAACCACACGAGGGCAGCAGAAUGUCAAAAGUCAGAUUCUCAAAUAACAUCUGUUUUAUACAAGGAAAAUUAAUGAACUGCUGCUGGCAUUCAAUAAAUUUGUUAACAGAAUUAACAGAAUUAUAACAAGAAUUAUAACAAAUAUAAAAAGGAGGUAAAUGUAGCUUACUUUAAUAAAGAUAGAAGUUAGAUGUAAUCAAGUAGUUUUGGGUUGUGAACCUCUUUUUGUUUUGUUUAAUUUCAUAUUCUGCCACUUCAAAGCCUGACCCACCCCCCGAUCAUUCAGAAACAUAGAUAACCAAUUUCAGAUCCUGAAGGAAGCGCUGCCUGGAACGCCCAACUUCAGGAAGUUCUUACUCUGCCUCAACUCUCUAAUCCUGCAACCCGAGAAUCCCAAUUUAGCCACCCAAGACCACAUUUGGUGGCAGAUGACCUAUCCUACCUGGCCACAUGGAUCUUUUAAGUCCUUGAGUCUAGGAACUCCUGGAACUAGUUGACCAUUCACAGUCUCUCAUUCAUUUGUCUCCUGGACCAUGACAUCAGUGGAUUUCAUCCAUUUCUAACAUUUCCUGGCUGGCUCCCAUCAGCCCCAAUUAGUAGGCAUUGCUUUGCCUGUCCUUACAGAGUACUGCCCAUCAUAUGCCUUUCUAUAGCAAAUGGUUUGGCUGAAAUGCAUUUUUAAAAAGAAGAAGAAGAAUCUGCAGACUGUACAAUGGGCCCUUGAUGGCCACGCUCAUGAAGAUGCUCAUGUGAUGCAUAUUGGGAAUUUGUGUGAGUUUUUCUCAAUUUGGGGGUAGAGAUCCCUGUGCCAUGACAAGAACGAGAUGUUUAUAAAGACAUUCCACAAUGGGAGGAUGUUUGGGUGUCUCUCACUCUGUAAGGGGGCUACUAAAGCCAGAUAUUUAUUUUGAUUUUUUUUAAGCUGCUAAGCAGAGCAGUAUUUUGCAAGUAUUGAUGUGGCAUACAUAGGCGUGUGUGACUCUGGAAAAAAGCACUUGGAGGAAUCCAUUUUCACACAUUCUUCUUAUGUGCACAAAGGAAUAGCUUCUAUGAGUAGGAGGUGAGAGAGUUAUUUGGUUUGGUGCUUAGAAGCUUCCACUCAUGUUCUUAUGUGCCAAAUGGAGGUACCAGUUACCACCACCACUAAUCAGAAGAGAGUAUUUGAGGUUACCUAACAUUCAUGCCUGUAAUAAAGGACGCCUAGGUGCCUUUGUUCUGUUUGCAUUCAUGCUGUCAUAUUUGACUCACCAUACUCUCCAUGGACGCGGGUGGCGCUGUAGGUUAAACCGCUGAGCCUAGGGCUUGCCGAUCAGAAGUUCGGCGGUUCGAAUCCCUGCGAUGGGGUGAGCUCCCAUUUUUUGGUCCCUGCUCCUGACAACCUAGCAGUUCAAAAGCAUGCCAGUGCAAGUAGAUAAAUAGGUACCGCUCCGGCAGGAAGGUAAACAGCAUUUCCGUGCGCUGCUCUGGUUUGCCAGAAGUGGCUUAGUCAUGCUGGCCACAUGACCUGGAAGCUGUACGCCGGCUCCCUCGGCCAAUAAAGCGAGAUGAGCGCCACAACCCCAGAGUUGUCCGCAACUGGACCUAAUGGUCAGGGGUCCCUUGACCUUUACCUUUACCUUUACUCUCCAUCGAACCUUUCUUCUUCAAAUAAUACCAUUUUAAAUAACUACGAUCGAGCUUUUAUUGCCCAUUUAUUCUUGCAAUCUCUUCAAUGUCCCUUGGAAACUGGUGAAACAAUAGAGCAAAAAAACAAAAACAAAAACAAACUAAUUUGUGUGUUACAAUGAUCGUAGUAUAGAAAUAGUAUAGAAAUAAUAUAGAAUAGUAUAGAAAUAAUUUUGAUAGAUACUGCCUUCAAGCUAGCACCUUUACAGACUUUCUGUUUCCUUUUUAAAUCGUUAUACCACAUUAAACAAAUAGUAUAGAUAAGGAUACACCAUAAAUCUUUCUCUUGUAUGUUAAUAUACUUUAUAUAAUUUGUUUCUUUGGAUUUCAUAGUUGCUUGGAAAUAGUAGGCUUACAAUGGUGUAAGCAGUGCAAAUUUUAAAAAAUGCAUAAUCCUCUAAUUUGGCUUGAUAGUCCACAGUCAUUGGCAGCGCAAAGCUAUACAUGUCUAUUCAGAAGUCAGUCCCAUUUAGUUCAGUGGGAUUUACUCCCAGGUAACGGCAUCUACAGUGGUGCCCCACAAGACGAAUGCCUCGCAAGACGAAAAACUCGCUAGACGAAAGGGUUUUGCGUUUUUUGAGUCGUUCCGCAAGACGAAUUUCCCUAUGGGCGUGCUUCGCAAGACGAAACGUCUUGCGAGUUCUUGCAGUUUGUUUCCUUUUCUUAAAGCCGCUAAGCCGUUAAUAGCCGCUAAGCCGUUAAUAGCCGCUAAGCCGCUAAUAGCCGUGCUUCGCAAGACGAAGAAACCGCAAGACGAAGAGACUCGCGGAACGGAUUAAUUUCGUCUUGCAAGGCACCACUGUAUUUAUUUAGGGCACUUGUAUACCACUUAAUAAUUAGCAUUUCUAAGUGAGACUUGUAAAAAAAAAAAAGAAACCAUAUACAGCACAUAAAGAUUGCAGUCUAAAUAGCAUCUCUUCUAUGUCAUGGCAGCUUAUUUUAUUAUUAUUACGGGCUUUAUGAAGAUCUAUCUACAUCGUAACUAAGUUAUACUUUUACAUUUUCUAACUGGCAUCCUCAAAAAUGUUAGUAGGUUGUGGAGGCUGUAAAUGGACCAGUUCAGACAAUCAGCUUGCAGGUAGUUUACAUUGCAUUUCUGGUCAUCCUGAGUUGAAAAGGUUAUCCUGGAAAAGGUGCUGCAAGAGACACCAUCUCUCCUCUGUAUCUUCCACUCCAUCUCAGUGGGCUUUUUCCCCUCCUUGUAGAAUGUAAAGGAUGAUGGACAGCAUGCGUGGAGGCUGAAGCACUUCAAGAAGCCUGCCUACUGCAACUUUUGUCGCACUAUGCUGCUGGGCGUCAGGAAGCAAGGCCUGUGCUGCUCCUGUAAGUGCCCAGAUAGGCUGCUUGUACAAUGCUCAUGUGAGAUUCACCCCUCUUUGUUGACCUGCAUUCGAACAAAGUGGAGCCAACGGUGCCAGAAUCCCCAAGACAGAUGAGGAGAAAGAUUUCCUGGUUUAUUUUGUUCCUUUUUAAUUUUGACACACAGCAAGCAGGGAUUCCAUAUUUACUUCUAAUGGGUUCCUUAUUCUGGGAAUGUUUGGGGAUCUUUCUAGAUGCGCAACUCUCAAAUGUGGUGGAACGGAUGAACCAUAAGCCAGGCCUCACCUCUACUUGCUGAAUAAAAUUCAUACCCUUUCCUAGGAUCCAAAGGGAUCUAGGCAGUGGCAACAAAGUCUGUGUGCCCCAAUAUCCUCCCAGUCCUACAGCUGCUACUAUGCACUGCAAAUGGUCAUCAACAUUCUGUGGGGAACCUCAGGCACAAGGAGGGGGCAAUUGUGGGCCUCUAUGUCUUUCUAUCUGGCCCUCAGAAGUCUCCCUGGGCCACACUCCUCACUGCUUUGCACCCCAAAUACUUUUGCCUGGCUGGAAUGAGACCUUGAUCUCUGAUAAUGCCUUUCGGUUGUCUGGAUGGGUGGUGGAGCAGUCUACUCCACCUGUCUGUUCAUAGAGUCCAAUAAUCCACAUGAAGGGUUGUUACAGUUCCACAGAAUCCUUUCACAGAUUCUAAGACAAGGAUUUCUAGAAUAUUGGCCUUGUUUCACCAUCCUAGGCUUCAUCAGUAGAAUGAAGUAAAAUGUGUGAGAUUACAAUAUUGUAUUUAUUUGCAUUACCUAGAGCCUGUACUACUGAUGAACAGACAGGUGGAAUAGACACUUAUACAUAUAUGGACCUUAUGAAUGAACUGACUAGAAAAUGAACUGAUCCACUGGGUCUUCUGCUUUUUUGUUGAACUUUAGGAGACUUCCGUUGAAAUUUACAAUUUGAUACAAUGAAUAGUAUACCUUGUUUAUUCAAAAGUCCAGCCGGUUAUGUCUUGUGUGUUUAAUGAAAUAGCUAGAAACUGCUUGCCUUGAAUAUAGGGUGAACUUAGAGCUUCUCUCUUUUUCUUUUUCUCUACAGUUUGUAAAUACACAGUCCAUGAAAGAUGCGUGUCCAAAGAGAUUGCCCCCUGCAUCAGCACUUAUGUGAAAUCAAAGAGAAAUACAACUGUGAGUAAGGCAUUCAUGAAUGCCUAGUGCAUGUGUUCACUUAUUGAUGACCUUCCAUCUAAGGCAGGCUGUUUGCAAUGCAGAUCAUGCUGUCCACACAGUCAUAAGAGCCCUGCUAUUGUGCCAAGAAGGACCUGUAUUUUAUAGGCUACCACACUUCACCAAAUUGCCAUAUUGCUGGAAUAGUUCAUAAGUAUCAAACUGAAAAGGGAGGAAUCUGCCCUCUGGGCAACUGUUGCAGAUAUGGCUACUUCUCCAGAGGAGGUUAGGCAAGCAAACGCUCAACAGCAAAACAUUGAGACCCAUUUCUGGCAGCAGAGUCCUACAUUCUUAGAGCUCAGCAGCUCCAGGUUCCCCAAACUCUGAAUGAAAGCAUCUGCCCCUAGGAUGGUCAUCAGCCCUGUAUAAGGAAAUUGUGCUGAAACUCUAGCUGGGUUUGUAGUCGGAGAGAGAGCAGCACAUCAAAAAACAUUGGCCAGAGUUGCAGCUGAUACCAGAAGCUGUACUAAAACAUAGCUGCGAGGUCAUGACAAAGCAGAAACAGAGGCUGCAAGACUGGAAAAGAACUCAGAGAAGCAAUGGAGAAAGUCAAUGAUUUUUGGAUUGUGCAUGUCCAUGUGAGCAGUUCAUUGUGGUAUUAUGGCUAAAAUAUCCAUCUAAUGUUCUAUACCAAUGGCAUUUAAGAUUGUGAGUAGCCUGCCUUAUAAUACAGUGAGUUUAGCCGAAGGCUCAUGAGACACCACGAUAGUUGGAUCACAGACUCCCCCCCCCCCAAAAAAAACCACUUUCCCAUUCCUUUCUUUAUCCCACGCUUCAAAAGCAUAUCCUGAAACAUUUGAAGGAACAAUGAUUCUGACGCUCAUUCAGGAGCAUUUCUUCUCCUUUGUUGCCUCAUAUUUAGUGCCUGAAUUUCUUUUCCAGCAUGGAUCACCUUGUCUCAUGCAUUUCUAGGUCAUGCAGCACACAUGGAUUGAGGGGAACUCCCCGGCCAAAUGCGAUCGUUGUCAUAAAAGCAUCAAGAGCUACCAGGGCAUUACCGGACUGCAUUGUGUAUGGUGCCAAAUCACAGUGAGUACGUGAAGCAAGCGUGGUGGUGUUUUGUUUUUAAAGAACGCUAAGCUGUUCAAGCCAAGUCACCUCCUACAUCAGCAGGCCAUGUUUCUUCUAUAUUGGCAAUAAUCACGGCAUGCCUGUGAAUAAAUAAGAAAUCUGUUCCUCGGUUUUUCUCCUGAUUGUGAAAACGGUCACGACACUGAAUAUUGUUGAGAAGCCAUGGAAUGUGACUGAGCUUUGUUACUUGCUUGAUUUGGUACGAUGAGCCUGGGAUCAUCUGGCACAUAUAGAAGUCAUUCCACUAUCUAUAAGUUGGUUUAUUCCACUCAUCCUGACAUAUUUCCCCAGUUCAGGAUAGGCUACAUUUGAUCUUGGAGUUCCCAAAUCAGCAGUCCCCCAUCCACAGGGACCACAUAUGAGGCUAGUUUUUAUAUUCAUUCAUCUUUUACCAUAACGUUACCAUAAUUGAGCCAGUGAAUCCUAGGAUGCCCCAAUUCUUCUUCUUUUCUCCCCCCCCCAAAUUUGCAUUCCCACUAUAUAUGAUAAUAGUCCCCUCUUGUCUUCUGACAUUUCCAACAUAUAAAGUAAUAUUAGCCAGGUAACAUUUAUUUGUUGUUUAUUAAUGCCAGUUAGAGAAACCACCUUGCCAUUACUUGUAACAGCCUUCCUUUUUAUGGAUAUAUUUAAAGAGAAUCUUUGUGCUGUGUUUUCUCCUCUUGCAGCUUCACAACAAAUGUGCCUCUCAUGUGAAGCCUGAGUGUGAUGGUGGGCAGCUCAAGGACCACAUCUUAUUGCCUUCGCACAUCUGCCCAGUUGUUCUGGUAAAUGAGCCUGCUUAACACCUAUGAAAUGGGCUUAAUGAUUGGCAUUUUCUGUCUCCCAUAUGAAGGCCGCUAGAUGAUGCUCUCUCAAAAACUUUAGAUUUUCAACCCAUCCAAACUGAUUUUGUUAACUUAAAACUAAGGUACUUUCCUGUAGAGCUGCUAGAGAAUGCCUCUUAUGUCCAUUACUAGAAAGCUGUUGUGUCCCUAAGAAGGCUGAAUGACAAACUGCUUGCAAUCUGGGCAUUUCGUAUCGAGCCACUGCUACUGCUACCAUACUUUCCCACUACUCCAUUAACUAUAUGCAGCUAUCAGUUUACUAAUGGUGAAUUGAGGCUUGCUAGAAGAGGAAAAUCACUCCAAUUGUUUCAAGCAAAUAAUCAUUAGUAUACAGCCUUAGGCUUUGUUGCAGAAAAGAAAGUAGCUGAAAAUAAAAACUCAAAGGAAGAGUGUUAUGCCAUAUGAUGUAGUCUUUGCACAAGUAUUUUCUAUUGUUAGAGCAGGCAGGGAUAAUGAGCAAAAUCAAGUGAUCUAGCUGGAUCCUGAGCACCACAUAGACCAUUUUGGCAAGUGGGUACUGCUGUCCGCCUGUCAAUCACCUUAUGUCAGGAUGACAUCAGAUGACCCAAAGGAACAUUUUUUUCCUCUUCAGGUGCUGCUCAAGUCUUGCCUGCAGAGGAAGGUCCUUUGCAUUCAAAGGAAAAAUCGGAAGCCAAAUCUUCUUCAUUUUAGCUCCAGCUUCAUUUUAGCUACAAGUUUCCUGCACUUGACGUCCUAUAUGAUGUCAAGCGUUGGAAAGGUGGGCAUGGUCUGCCCACAGUGGCCUGGUGGGCCAACCUCAAAGGCCUUUCAGGCCUGAUUAGGCUGUAGGUUGCCUAUCCCUGUGUUAGAGCCACUUUGUGAUUACUUGGAAUAGGCACAGGCACUCCAAGGUGUGCAAGAUUGUAAGAUUGGACAGGCUCAAAAAUGACAAUUGCUGAGAGAUUUCCACACUUUUUGUAGUAUCCUUCUCAGGUUUUGCAUAUAAUCUACCUCUUAUUUUGUGCUUUGUGGUUUUGCAUAUGCUUUUAAAAGAUCAUUCUAUCUUUGAAGGUCCCAGGGUGGGUUGCAACAAUUAAAAGCACGAUAUCUAAAACACACCUCUGUGGAAAGAGUGCUCCACAACUUCCACAAAUUAAGAAGUUUCCUCUUUCCUAAUGAGGAAACUGUGGUGGUACAAACAUUGUACUUUCAAAUGCUAUGUCUACUUUUUCCUGUGUCCAGAACUAUGAGAAAUGAGGAAAUAGUGAAAGCUGGUAAUUGAGUCCCAAUGAAGAAAAUGUAUAUGUGAGGUCAAAAAUCAUGAAAAUGCCAGUGAUCUGGAUUGCACAUUAAAUAUGGAGAACAGUAGCAGUUUUUUGAAUUAAAAACCAUUCUGUGAAUAAAGUUUAAAAACAGGAAAUCAAGGACAUUAUCUAUCACUCUAUCGUCAGAUUUCUGUCCCACUCCAGAAUCUAUAAAUUUGUAAAUCCAUGGGGGAAGAAACUAUUGGAACUGGGAGAGAAAUUAAAACAUACCUUAUUACUUGCUAGUGGAAAUGCAGCCACCCAAAUUGCGUAACAGAAGACCCAAAGUUAAUGUAUAAUAUAUUAAAUGCUGUCUGUCAAACAGUGCCAUGAUGAUAAGCAUUCAGUAAUACAUUUCAUAAAGUGCUAAACAGUAGUGGACAGAUUGUUUGGGCAAAGGGACUUACACGACCUCCCAGAAAGCAGGUCAUUGCUUCUUACUGGGAGGAGGGGGGCGAGGUGGCAGCAAAGUCAGCGCAGUGCAAACGCAGCAGCUGAGCCAAUGCGUUGUUCCUGCCAGUGCAUUGACACUGCACUGCCUUCCCCACUGCCUCACCUUUCCCCCUCUCCCUCCUGGUAAGCAGCCAAGCGAGGCGUUCAGUUAAGCACCUUCCCCCCACCAUGCCAUCCACUACUGGUGCAAACAAUCUUUCUUAAUUUAGUGACCCUGCAGUGAAUCAUAUUGAAUCAAUCGCUUCAACAGUGGCUUGAAAUGAUGGACACAAUGAUGGUUCCAAAGUUCAGUAUUUGACUUGCUCCCUGCUCAGGGCUUGACAUGAAUCUCGCAGUUCCACCAUCUCCACAUUUGCUUCAAAAAGGAGCUCUUGGACAUUUUAAAAUAUGACAAACACCAUACUUGGACACCUUAAAACAGGGAAUGGAUUCAGAAGAUUUAUAAGAGUCAGCUCAGUUUUUGUUUUUUAACCCAAUGUGGAAUUCACUGAGCUGGCUUAGCUGGCAUAUGGCUGGUAUAAUUUGGAACCCCAUCAUGGUCCAGGGCUUCCCUUUUGCCACUGCUAAGGAAAAAAAGAGCUGGGAAUUAGAUCGUAGUGAAGGAAGCCCUUGGAGAUACUUACUAAAGAAGAAAAGUUUGGCAAUUUUAUUAUGUGGUGCUCUUUUCUGGAUUUUUCUCAUAUUUACUUAUUCCUCUGUUACUAUUGCUAUUCAGAAUAAUCUAUGAGGUUUUGUGAUGCUUUUAGUGUUGUAAGGCUGCUUUGAGAUCCAAUUUUGGCUGAAAACUGCAGUAUAAAUAUGAUUAAACAUAGAAUAGUAUAAAUAUUUUGGAUUCAUUCACUUUUCAGGUAUCUAAGCAUCAUGAAAGCUGCAUCAGUGUUUAAAAAUCCACGUUAAAAAGCUUAAUAUGUAUAUAAAAAGCUUUUCUUAAUAUGUGUAUGGGCCUCUCAGAAAGCUUUUCAGCUGUGCAGAUUGUGGAAUUUUGAAGUUAAUAUAAAUCUUGGAACAACAUCAGCCUGGGAAGCAAGUCAAGUAUUGAACUUUGGAGCCAUCGUUGUGUACACAACUUUCUAAACUACUUUUGGAAUGACUGAUUCAGUCCUUCAGUGCCAUUCACUAUGUGCUCACUAUAUUCAGAUACGGUUUGCACUUCAUACAAUGUAUUAUUGAUGGUUAAUCUGCAUGUUUGUAUUCUGUGUUGCUUGACAGACAGUAUUUUAAUACAAAAGUUUCAUAUGAUAUUAACUUAACUCUUGGAGCUUUCGUGGUCUUUCUGUUGUAUUUCAGUACAGUCAGGAGGAAGUCAUCCUUCCCACUUUGUUUAUGUUGUCAGUGCUUCCUUGUUAUUUGCUGGCCUUCAUCCAUGCUUCAAAGUCCUUUAUGCAUUUUCCCUAUUCCAAAGGAUAGGCAAUCCCACCCAAGAAGAUCAGACAGUGAAUCGCCAUCCAGCACAUCCCCAGAUGAUACAACCCUGGCCUUCAGAUACAACACCACCACGGUGGAUGGGCAUGGACUACAGGUAGACAGUUCACAUUUGCUGCUAUCAUAUCUAUUGAUUUGACUUCUGUCCUGCUCAACAUGUAUGGUUCUUCCCAUCCCUGCUGUAUCUCAGCACCAGCCUGGUGAGAUAGUUUAGACUGGAAAGUGGUGACUGCCCUAAGGUCAUGCCCAAAGAGCUUCAUGACUGAGUGGAGAUUUGAACCUGCCCUUGUCCAGCACUCUCACCAGUAUAUCACACUUGCUCUCUCACUUUUCUCUUACACUUGUGAAUGAGCGUGUGUAUACCUGCAGAAUUAUAUUUUGUACACCAUGCCUAAAUUGCAGGCUAGUUGUGGAGAAAGGCAUACCAGGGAGAAGAUGUCAUUCUGCACUGAUCUCCUACUCCAUGGGUAGGAAAACUAAGGCCCGGGGGCCGGAUCCGGCCCAAUCGCCUUCUAAAUCCGCCCCGCGGACAAUCCGGGAAUCAGCAUGUUUUUACAUGAGUAGAAUGUGUCCUUUUAUUUAAAAAGCAUCUCUGGGUCAUUUGUGGGACCUGCCUGGUGUUUUCACAUGAGUAGAAGGUGUGCUUUUAUUUAAAAUGCAUCUCUGGGUUCUUUGUGGGGCACAGGAAUUCAUUCAUUUCCCCCCCAAAAAAUAUAGUCCGGCCCUUCACAAGGUCUGAGGGACAGUGGACCGGCCCCCUGCUGAAAAAGUUUGCUGACCCCUGUCCUAGUCUCCCCAUGAAGCUGGUUCUGGAAUAGCCUUUGAUAGUCGCCCUGUUGAAUUGUGCAUGGUUAACAGAUUAACCCUUGGAUCCAUGCUUCUGCAGCUCUCCCCACAGAACCCAAGCUUGCUGAAGCUCUGCUAACCUAAUAUUGUCUCAAUAGCAAUGCCUGCCUUGUCCUUUAAAGAGUUCAGUCUCUAGGCAUAUAUCAGGAAGCGCACAAGAGGAUAUUUGUGGAGCAUAAGGCAAACAUUAUUGAGUCAAAGGAUGUAUAUAUUAAACAGAGCCGAGCUCCUGAGGCUGUGGCUCGUGUGCUUAGAAGGCCAUAGACAGAAUAGGUGUGGAUAAGAAUAAGUGCACAGAUUGGUGGUUCCCAGCUUUCUCCAGAUUCUGCUGAUCCAACAUGUUGCCAGUUGCAUGCCUUACUUCCUCUGUGGCAGUGCCGUAUGACUCAUUCCCCCCCAUUUUGCAUGAAUGAUGUUUUGUAUGCUGUAUAAGGAGGCUCUUUGUUUGCUUUGUAAUUUGCUUUCUAGAUCACCCCUAAGCCUGGAACGCAUCCACUGUUGGUGUUUGUGAACCCCAAGAGUGGAGGGAGACAAGGAGAAAGGUAUGUUUCCCUUCCUCCUAUUGGAAAAUUGUACCCUCUGCAGGAUAGAGGUUUUUGGUACAGUAAAUGCACAUUUAGUAAUCACUGUGAGUAAUGCAAACAUCUUCCCUUAAGGAAGUAAUAGCAGAGAGACUGCAUUUUUCCUGCAAUCAGACGGCAAUAUUGUGCUGCUUGGGAAAUACCGGUACCCCAGAUAGCACUGCUCAAUGGGGUUGCAAGGCUGUCACUGAUACCUGUUAUCUGGUGCCUGGGACAUCACCAAGUCUUUGGCUUGGUAAGGACAGCUGUAAUUCAAAAGUAUUUAUGAAGCAAACAUUUCGGAGAGGGGGCUUAGAAAUAGGAGAAAAGAUUUCCAUAUGGAAAUGGUUUUAUUUGUCUGCUUGAUGAUUGUUUGUCAAUCUGAAAAGUUAAAUAAAUUUAUAAUAAAGAAAAAGGAGAAAAGAUGGGUCCACAGUGCAGUAAACAUCAAUUCAAAAGCAUCCUCCAUUUUCUGAAUAUGAAGGUGGCAACUAUUGCUACACUUAUGAAGCUGCCCUGAGCAGGCUGUGGUGUGGGUACAGAGUAGCUGAUGCUAAGAAAAUGUAAUCAUCUGCCUUGGAUAGGGAUAGGGGAGAAAUUGGAAUCCAUUCACAUUUAAAGGCAAACUUCCCUAAUUCUCACUUUCUAAAACAAUGCACAAACUGAUACACAGGCAUCCUUCAAAAAAUGUGCUCUUCUUCAAAUCUUGUAAUGCAAUUCUCUGGCCAAGUAAUGAGUACAAAAAUGUGGUAAAAGUGUGCAUUAUAAUAGGGGGAAAUUGAUUUGCAAAAAUGUUUAUUUUGGGGCACAAUUGCUUGCAAACAUUUAAUAUUAGAAAUUUGCACUAAAAUUCUGAUGAAUUUUCAUGAGGACUUUUUUUAAACAGAAAAAUGAAAACUAGUGUGGAAAUGUGGAGAACUUAAGACUGGAAAAAUGAGAACAUAGUGAAACUGACAGAUUUCCCUCCUCCUAGCCUUUACUCUCCUUUUUAGGGGCCAUCACUUUUUGUUUUUCUUACUUACUUUCAGGGUUCAUCGGAAAUUCCAUUAUCUACUCAACCCCAGACAAGUUUACAACCUGGAUCGGGGAGGACCCACUCCUGGGUACUGAAAUCCACUGAUCAACCUGCAUCCAUUUUGCUAUCCUUACUAUUCCCUCUUAGUUGUGCUGCCCAUUCUCACUCCCCAUUUGCUUUUUGCUCACCUUCCCUCUCCAGUUUCCCUUUCCACCUCCCUGCUCGCUGAAGCUUCUUAACAUACCUUAGCUUGAGGAACUCAGCCUGCUGCCAAUUCUUUAGAAUUGCAUGAUUUAGGACUUUGAAGAGCAGCAGGGCUGCUGUGCCUUUUUUCACAUUUGCUUUUGUGUGAAUUUAAAAAGCAGUUUAGAUGUGGUGUUCUUUCCCACAUAUGGCAAGCAAGCUAUUCUAAAGAGCUUCCCUACCUUUUCCUUCUGUUUUCUCUUAGUUUAAACUUUUUCCGUGAUGCUCCAGACUUCCGUAUUCUGGCUUGUGGAGGAGAUGGGACCGUUGGAUGGAUCCUGGACUGCAUAGGUAAAUUGGGAUCCAGGGAUGCUGCAUGGAUCAAAGUACAUUAGAUUUGUUGGAUAGCUGAUACGCCUGGGGUCACUACUGUGUAAGAGAGAGGCGGGGUCCUGUAGUAGGGCAGCAGCAGAGCAGUUACUUCCCCAGGCUCAGCCCCUGGAAUCUGCAGGUAGGGCUGUGAAAGGCUACUUGCCUGAAACCCUGGACUUCUGCCAAGUGUGAACUGUGCUGAGCCAGAUGUACCAAUGGUCCGACUCUGACUCCAAUAUAAGACAGCUUCCUGUGUUUCUUUGAGGGGCUGAAAUUAGAGUUCUUCUGCUAGCCAGAGUGAGGCAAGCACCUCAGCUAGCAGAUGCUGGGUGGCAGGGAGGGACAGAGCUUUGUUGCACACAGCCUACUCCGCUGCCCUUUAACCUAGCCUGCUGCUAGAGGACAGCGUCCCAUUGCUAGGACUGGUGCAAGAGUCAAGUUCCAGUCCAGUCAGCUGGAGCAGGAGAACAUCUUGGCCUCAGGCAGCAAAAUGUAUUGGGCUGGCCCCAUCUACAUACACAGACUCAAACAUGCCUCUGUCCCAUACAAGGAUUAUGAGGGUUUUGGAGCUCUGAUGAGGAUUCCAGAUUGCCCCAUGUUUCAGACUACAAAAUGUCUUGGACCAGUCCUGUCUCCAUGCACACACCUCAUCCACCAAGAAGACUCAAAUGCAUGUAAAAUGUACUUUUAAAACUUUUUUAAAAAAAUACACACAAGUAUCUGAGUGACCUUGGUGGUUAAUUUGUCUUACGUCGAUCCUUUAGAACUGGAUGCCCACAUGAACCUCUGCCCCAUAUAAUGUUUAUGAACAGAAAUGGAGCAGUCUGUAGCGCUGAAGAUUCCAAACUGACAGCCAGGCCACAAUGAUCUUCUCCUCCUUCCUCUGCCAGAAAGAGUAGCCAGAUGCGCUCUCCCCCGCUACCGCCUCCCCAAUUUGCAUCUCCGUUAAUAUUGUCAUUAUUAUUCAGCAUCUAAUAUUGAAUGAAAUGUUGUGCAACUUGGAACAAAAGACCAAGCCUCUGCCAAUGGCUUACAACCUGACAAAGCAAUACACACAGGUGAUAAGAACUGAGAGGAGAAAUGCCCUUGGUAUCCACUGAUAACAAUGGGCCUUACUCCAAAGUGAGUAUGCAUAAGUUUGCAGACAUAUCAUUUCUGUUCUCCCCACGACAGGGCAUCCUUUCGCUCCUUCAGCGGAGUUCCCUUCUUUUGGCAGCAUCAUGCCAAGGAUUUCCCUCCCUUGAAAGAAAGAUGGAUGUUGGCAAUGAAUGAGAAAGCGGGGGCAGCUGAAAGCAUGUCUCUCAUGCAGCCUGGAGACAGGGAGAGUUCUGUACUGUUGAAGUGCGCACAAGGAAAAGUUUGUAGCCGGGAAGACUCUGUGGCAAGGAGCCCAAGGAGGUGGACCUGCAGCAGGAGAGGGCUGAAUUUCAUAUUAAUAAUAAUAAUAGUUUAUUAUUUAUACCCCACCCAUCUGGCUGAGUUUACCCAGCCACUCUGGGUGGCUCCCAAUCGAGUGUUAAAAACAAUACAGCAUUAAAUAUUAAAAACAGGGCUACCUUCAGAUGUCUUUUAAAAAUAGGAUAGCUGCUUAUUUCCUUUACAUCUGAUGAGAGGGCGUUCCACAGGGCGGGCGCCACUACCGAGAACACCCUCUGUCUGGUUCCCCAUAACCUCACUUCUCGCAAUGAGGGAACCGCCAGAAGGCCCUCGGCACUGGAUCUCAGUGUCCGGGCUGAACGAUGGGGGUGGAGACGCUCCUUCAGGUAUACCUGAUCGAGGCCGUUUAGGGCUUUAAAGGUCAGCACCAACACUUUGAAUUGUGCUCGGAAACGUACUAAGAGCCAAUGCAGAUCUCUCAGGACCAUAUAUUGAUUCAUAUAUUGAUUGGCAUUAACCAGCCACAUCUUUGACUGCAGGCUGCAUUAUAAAGAGGCUUUCCUGCCUCCCUUUUCUGAAAGCUGCACACAUAGAUAGGGUUGCAGGCUUGGUCUCCUGAAAUUCUGAACUGAGGUCCAGCAGCUCAAGGAACUAGGGAUGGGGGUGGGAGGGAAAUUAGUUUGGUUUGCCUUUUUAGGCAAACCUACUUUAUUCACACUUGCUGCACCAAUAAGCUAACUGAAAUGAGGUUAUCCUUUGAAAUUCACACUUCUCUGAAUUUUGUGAUGCAGUUCCCCAGCCAGACGUGUGCUCAGAAAGGUGCAUGUUUGCAAAAGCAACAUAUAAAACUACAAUAUAUUAGGUCAAAUUGCUUUCAAACACCAACACACCAUGUAUAGCCAGGGAAUACAGCUGUGGUUCGUUCUGCUCUUGGGAAAUCCUGUCCUCAUUAGCUCUGCUAUGGCAGGUGAUGUAGAAAAAGGAAAGUUGACUCCAGCACUCUGUUGGCUUCUAAAGUCUGUUUUUCUUUUUGCAGAUAAGAUAAACAUAGCAAAACACCCUCCUGUGGCUAUCCUGCCCCUGGGAACAGGCAAUGACCUUGCCCGCUGCCUACGAUGGGGCGGAGGUAAGUAUUUUGAGUCAGCCUAACACUGUAGGGUCAUUCAUCACGACCUCACACCAUGACUUGCCACUGAUCCCUCCUGACAGCAGUCCCAUGUGCUGUUGAAACCUGUCAGCUGCUUCUAAUACCACUUGUUGUUGUCCGGGCUUUGCACCACUGGAGACUGUCCAUCACUGACAGCUCUUCAAAGUAUACAUUAAAAAAGAAAAGAAACCUUACCACACCCACCAUGCAACUUGCAAUCUUACCCAACCCACAGCCUUAUCUACUAGAAAAGAGCAUGGUUCCCCAUUCACCAUUGAUGUUGUUGGGCCCAAAUCAUUGCCAGGUUUGUUUCUCCUUCUCUGCUUCUGAUCACUUGGCCUUCUUUUAUGGCUUUGCAUAGCGCCGAGGCAUCCAUUACCAGACUCUCUGUAACACAACUGUUUGCCCCAUUAGUGCUUGGCCUAUUCCACCGCUGACAUUCUGUUCCUUACCAUAUGCCAUCCCUUUUUCCACUCUCAAGGUUAUGAAGGUGGCAACUUAAUGAAGGUCCUGAAGGACAUUGAACACAGUGCAGAGGUAAUGCUGGACCGAUGGCAAAUUGAUGUCAUCCCUAUUGACAAAGAGGAGAAUGGGGACCCUGUCCCUUACAGUAUCAUCAACAACUACUUCUCCAUAGGAGUGGUAAGCACUGUCUGUACAGCUCUUGUUCCCAUGAUCUCCCUCCCUAUUUCCCCUGUAGUAUCAGAAGCCCUAGAUAACAUUGUGUGUCAAACUGGAGAUGGACAAUAGGCUUUAGAGGUGAUACAAUGGCAGUAUCGUUGUCCAUGGUGUACAUACUAUUCUGUCCCAUUGUCACCUAGGGACAAAUGGCUUCUGCGUGUUUUUGAAGUCCCCCACAUCCCACAAAACCUGCUAAGUAAAGCAACAGCAGUGAGAUAUAUGCAUACCACAAGCAACACCUUCAGCCAACUCACAGCUAUAAGUUGGAGUGCAGUUUUCUUGUCUUAUGGGCAUGAGGUCAAAAGCUCAUAUUUGAGACUGGAAAUUAUGUUUUGUACUUCAGAAUGGAGAUUGUGGAGAUUGUGAUGACUCUUAAAUCUCAGUAAGAAUUUAUUGCAAACUUGUGAUCUAAGAAGACUCACUUCUGCAUCAAUAAUAAUUACUAUUCGUUAAGACAGUCUUCUUUAUAAGAGAAAAAGCAGUUAGUCUUUAUCGUGAAGUCUGUGAUGCAAGAAUAUGGGUAGUUGACCUACAGGAGUGUCAUGGGACUUAGCCAGUUUGGUCAGCUGAUCUUUCAAAGGCUCACAUGACCCAGUCUUGUGGGUAGUGUGGUCAGGAACAGAGCUGGAUAAAGGAAGGCUGCAUUCCUGUGUGAAAAUAGGAUUCAGCUACAGGGAACUGUGAAUCCUGACUUGUGAAUCCUGAAAUGUAAUUGGGCUCCCAUUCUGAGGCUCUUGACUUCAGAGCUGCCUAGGAAGAUCAGCUUGCACAUAACAAUGGCUCUUUGUCCUAUGCUGAUACUCCCUUUCCCAUCACUUGAUGGAAUGGGAAGCAAAAAAUUUGCCUUUUGGAAGCAUCAGCUAUCUGCAAGGGGAGUCCUGUGUGCAGGUGAUGUUUUCAAAAGGCGGCUUUUUCUCCCCUCCUGAUCACAGGAUGGGGAGAGAAAAGGGUUCCUUGUGGAAGGAUCACCUGCACACAGCAGAAGUCCCUUGAACCCCUCCCAUCAGUUGAUGUCACAAGGAACAUCAGAUGAUUGACAGUUGGGUGGGAUUUUGGGAAAAUGGCACCAUGGUCAAAAUUGGACUCCUUGGUGGGCCAAGAUUGGCCUGUGAGUCUGUCUAGCUUAUUUAACCAUUGUUCUUUCCCUGGGAUCUCUCUUUGUUUCUUGUAUCUUGUGUACACUAUCCUUGCAGCUGUUGCUGCAUAUAGGAAUAAGUUAUUGCCUUUUUUUGGUAAUUCAUUCCCAAUUAUGCCAAGAAGGAAUGCUUCCAGUUUCUUGAGAAAUGUGAAUUAAAAAUAAAAUAAAAUAGCUUGUUAUACACCAUUUCCCAAAAUUCCUUUGCCCUGUUGCAUUUCCAUCAUAGGUGAAUAAAAGUACUCUCAGCCUCUAGACAUUCCCAACAGAGUUUUGAAUCUCUUUCAUACAUUUUGGCCAGUUUGACUGGUGUCAGAUACCAUCCGCAUUGCAGUAUUUGCACAUUUUCUCUUACUUGGUAACAUGCCGAGAAGUUCAUUGUUUGGUUCUAUAAUUUUUCCCACUCAUCAAUUUCAAUAUUGUGCCUGAUAUCAAUGGCCCACUUAACCAUUGCUUCCUUUAUAAGUUGUUCCUCACUAAUUACAUUAGCAUGAGCAUAUCUGCACUAUUGAAUUUGAUUUCUUGCUAUAACAUUAGCAGCCUUUUCCUUUCUGUACCUGAAAUUUAACUACCUGAAUUUCUAUUCUGCCCAGUUAAGAAUUCUGUGUAACUUAAUGGAUUGCAUGCUCCUUCCCUGAUUGAAGUUGAUCCAAUAAAAGAUAUCACUUUACCUGUGUUGUAGGGUUGCUAAGAAGCUCCCCACAACAGCUGACUCGUUUUAGCGUUCUGACAUGGUGGGAGAAACAGCUGAUUAUAAAAAAAAAAAAGCACUGAAGCAUUUGUUUAAAAACAGUCUCAUGUUAUAUUGAGGUUCCAUUUAUAAGUGAUUGAUUGUCAUAAAUGUGUUACAAACAUGGCCAGUAUGUCUUAAAAAUGGCUAUAACUGAAGUGCUGACCUUUUAGAUUCCAAAGUCCAUGCUUAAUAUUGCAUUAAAUAAUUUUAAAUUGUCUUAACACUUUGCAGAUCUUUAAGGAAAGUUACUUUUGUGUAACUUGUGGCACAAUUUCCAUAGAUCCAUUGUGCAUUAUAGUCAAUUGCAGGGUGCUAGCAGGUCAAUGAAAGUAAAUUGGAGGGCUUUGGUGCUACGAAAUCUCAUUGCUGACAAGGUGCCUUUAAAUACUACCACUGACGAUGACAAGCCAUUUCACCUCUGAGUCCAAGCUGCCACAUGCUGCUUCCCAUCUUUGCCCCCUUUAUUUUUGGGCUGUGAGAAAUGUGGGCCAGCAGCUAUAUCACUAACAGGAAGUUUUGGAUUACAAAUAGAUCAGGCCAUGGGCUUGCAAAGUCCCUGAGACUAGUGACACCUCUGCACCCCAUCACUGAGAUGUGGAUGAUGAACAGCCUGCUAAUCCCUGGAUGGAGUAAAGCACAUUCCUUGGGCUAUCUGAACCCAGAGAGACUGCAAGAGGGGCCCUUGUGUUACUAUUUGUGACCUCUGUUUAUGUAUGUGUGCAUUAUGUGGCCAUUCAAAAACUACUUGAGGUUUAUGUCUGCUCAAAUACAGCAGACAACCAUGAUAGAUAAGUGGCAUAACAAGUUUUCCGCUAACUAAAGAAGGCUUAAGCUAGGUCAUUCCAUAGCGGCCUGUUGAUUUAUUAUGCUGAUCAGGGCUUCUGAUGAUCUUCUAAAAAUGAUUAUGUUAAUAUUCUAAGGGUACAAAGGAGAUUACAGUGAAUAUUAUGCCUAGACAAAAUGGAUUCUUGUCCUUUCAAAAGCUGUCAUUCUAAGGGUCUGCUACAAUUCUUUGCCUGCAUCUUAAAAACUCAAGCUGGGGUUGCCUCCAUACAGUCAAUAUUUUGCAGGGGAGAUUCAAGUACAUACUGGAAAUUUACUUUUGUGCAAUUAAAGUGUAUCAAAGCACUCUGUGACCCUGAUGCAACAAAUCCACUAUUUUUAUUUUUCUAAGGGAUUCUAUGAUUCUAUUAAUGUUGGCAGUUAGGAAAGUGACAGGGAAAAUACACUAAAAAGUUUGAGAUGAAUGAAUGAAUGAUGCAUAAACACCACACAAACAAAGUAGAAUGAUUGCUCAUUGUCACAUAAGCUCCAAGCAAACAAUUCAGAAGAAAUUCUCAAUAAAGACUAGUCACAAGUCUUGUGCAAGCAAAUCAGAAUGCAUAUCCAGUAAACAGGUCCUCUGAAGCAGUUCUCUGAAGCAUGGGAAAAGUGGCAAGAGUACACAAGGAUUCAUAAUGUUGAAUUAACCAGAUGUCCCUUUACCUUUACUUUUUAACUCUGUCACGAAUAACUUUAGGAGGUGCUUUGGGAAGCCCUAGCAUGACCUCUGAGUACUCGGAAACAGAGAAAUGUUGUAUUUCCCAUAGUGUUCCUGUUUUAUAACUUUACAGUGUUACAGUGGUACCUCGAGUUACAAACGCUUCAGGUUACAAAUGCUUCAGGUUACAAACUCUGCUAACCUGGAAGAGUUACCUCAAGUUGAGAACUUUGCCCCAGGAUGAGAACGGAAAUCGUGUGCUGGCGGCAAAGCAGCAGCAAGAGGCCCCAUUAGUGAAAGCACGCCUCUAGUUAAGAACAGUUUUAGGUUAAGAACGGACCUCCGGAACAAAUUAAGUUCGUAACUAGAGGUACCACUGUAUAAGGUCUGUUCCCCACAAAAACUGAAAGCACAAUUUAUGGGUGAAAAGUGCUAAUUGUGCAGUUUUGUGGGACACCUGAAUCAAUGAAACUGUCUUCAGUAUUUGGAAGGCCUCAUUAACUAAUUCCCCCCCCCCCCAUCUCUCAUUAUAGGAUGCAUCCAUUGCACACAGAUUCCACAUGAUGAGGGAAAAACAUCCGGAAAAGUUUAAUAGCAGGUAAAUAUCUUUCCCCUUCUCCACUGUCAUUGUAGUGCUGAAGAAGGCAGUGUUCAGUAACUUUAUGAUGGAAUUAAUGCCAUUUGUUUACAUUGGAUGAUCUUCAACUAUGGUUUACUUAAGAGUAGGCCCACUGAAAUUAAUGGAUCUAACUUAGUGGGUCUAUUCUGAGUAAGUCUAAGGUGGUAUUCAGCUAUUGUGUAUUGCUUGGAAUUUUCCUGAGUUGGGGAGAGGAUGGGUGGUACUUCUGCUCUGUGUUUGUCUGAGUUGGUGAUAUGGUGUAAUGGGAUGCAACAGAUCUUGGUAGGAAGCCACCACCUGACUCUGUUCUGUUCACCUGCUGGAUGGCUAAAGAACCUGGCAUGCUGGCCAAACAUUUCCCCAGGAAUAUCUGUAUGACAGUAUCUGACCCCUGUAAGCCUAGGGUAGCCAUCCUACUUAGGGACACCUCCAUGAUUUUAACAGCUGAAUGGGAGGAAUGAAUCAACAGGUGAUGCUUUGCCCAGCAUGGAAAUAGCAAUUUCUGUGGGGUGCAGCUGUCAAAGACAACCCACACAUAAGCUGAAGUUUGCCCACAUUGUUCUCUCACCAAUUUCUGUAACAGGCAAGGAUGAAGUGCAGCCAGUAAAGGCUUCCACAUAUGCAUAAAGCAAGGGAUACUGGUGGUUCCUUUAUGUUGUUUCACACCUUGUAGUAGGCAUGACUUUUCCUGUGCUUCUCAUUUGGUACUUAAAUAUGGGAGGCCAACAUGUACUCAUUAUAUAUGUGUGUGUGUGUGUGUGUGUGCGCACACACACAUGCAUGUCACAGUGCAAUGAAACCAUGAACAAACCUUUUACCAGUACAAAACCACAUGUUGAUUAAUAUUUGGUAGGGUAGCUGGGUGUCUAGUAAUAUGUUCCUGAGGUGGGAUCCAGCCCAUGAGCCACCAGUUGGCCUUCACUGGUGUCGAGUAUGAUGGCUAAGGGAUGGUCCUCAUAGAAGCAGAGUUGGAAGGGAUCCUGAGGAGCAUCUAGUCCAACCCCUGCAGCAGAGAAAUCUUCCCUCUUUUUUUGUUCGUAUCAGCCCAUAAGUAAGCGAGGUAUCAGUCAAAAGGUAUUUUAGCAAGGCAAAGGUAAAUAAUCUACUUCACUCAUCUCUGUAAAACAAACAUGUAUUAGCAUUUCUGUCUCUCCACUCCCUCAGGAACAGAGCCAUUCACUGAGAAGGAAUGUCCAAAUAAUGGCCAUCUAGGACAAUGCAAAUAUUAUUUGAGGAUUCAUAUAUAAAUCUGUAUUACCUGGCCAUCUCUGUUUGAGCCCUUCUCUUUAUCUUUAACUCAACUGUAACUUGGUGGUUUGCUUUUUGGUUUUUUUUACCUGAAACUGUAACUGAAGAAACUCAUUUCCCUCUGUACAGCAGUUAAUUACGUCAGCCUCAUGGCAUGCAGUCCUGAGGCAAUGUGGCCUAUACCAUUGUAGGAUUUGCAACUAUUACUAUUUGCAGGUCUUUAUACUUUAAUUUCUGCAUAGAAAGCUGCUAGAGCUUGGCUGUAAACCCAGUGCUAUUCAUUCACACUUCAUAAUUACAUAGAAAUUCCAGGGCCAGCAGGAACAGGCUAUCAAGGCAAGGCACAACAUCAGGUUAGAACUAGCUCACAUUUCACUUGCAGUUCAUAAAAAAAAGGUCCUGGCUUGCAGUUCACAAAAACGGGAGACUUGUCACUAAUGGCCUGUGCAGGAGACAUUCAGAGAAUUACUCCUAGCAUUCUUGUGUUCAUAAAUUCCUUAGAACUUUAACACUCCUCCAACCACACUCCAAGCUUAAAGUGAAAAUCUGUCUUAUCCUCUAAAAUGUACCCCAGGGAUAAAAUCGCUUAAAUGGAAUGAGAAACCUAAGAAUGAUGUAAUGCUUUAAUGUAUCCCCUUUUCUUCUAACAGUUCACACAACUGCUCUGCCCCCGUUCACUGAUGUUUAGCUCAGCUGUACAUGUUCAGAUGGUAGCCAGGUUGAAUCAUUUGGUACCUGCGCAAACAUCAGGUUGGUGCAUGCGCUCAGAAACCUUCCUGAUGAGCUGAGCAAUGCCAUGAUUUGCUUGUCACAAAUUACCGUACGUGGUGCUGUCCAAACUAGAGAAAGAAGCAGCUGCCUAUAUGUGGAGUGAUUGCAUGAACGCACACUUAGAUGAUGAAGAAUAAAUAGGGAAAUUGUAAAGCUAUCUCACACAUAAUAACAUAAAUAAUGUCAAGUCCGUUACAUUUCUGGUCUGUGUACAUCUCAUAUAGUUCCUUGUGGGUUAAGGUUGAAACCCAUAGCAUGCAUUAGUUCAGACACAGGGUCUUCCAAGUGAACCUAUGAACAAAGUAAUAUGGGGAAAGUUGAUGGAUAUGAGAAACAGUUGAAGAAUCUGGGCUUCAGGUGCUAUCAGAUGGGCCAUCACAUAGUCAAAGACUUGGGCCACAUUCACACCAUACAUUUAAAGCACUGUGAUACUACUUUAAACAACCAUGGCUCCCCCCCCCCAAAAUGCUAGGAGCUGUAGUUUGUUAAGGGUGCUGAGAGUUGUUAGAAGACCUCACAGAACUACAAUUCCCAGAGUGGUUUAACAAUCAGACCUCCUUCACAGAGAACUUACCUUUCAGCCAGUGCUAUUUUUCUAGAAAAAGAGGUGCCAAAGCUCACCAUGAACUUUCCUCUUGUUCUCUUAGAAUGGCAAUGGUGCCCACCUGAAAGGUGCUGGAGCUGAGCUCUGGCUGGAAAAAAACCCACUACUUUCAACUCUCCUCCUUUCCCCCCACUGCAGUCUAUAACUGGAAGUUCUGCUUUCUGCAGAAAUCCAUAUUCAACAACCUUUUAAAAAUGAUUUAAUAUAGACAACAUCAUUUCUUCUGAGUGUUAGUUUUCCUUUAAGAUGGUUUUUUUUUCAUUACUGCACACAUCCCUGCCAAUAGCAUAGCUGUGUCAUUAGACUCCUUGCAGAUGGGUUCAUUUCCCAUUAAUACUAAUGGCAAAAUGUUACAUUUUUGCUUUGGCAUGUUUGGCAUAUGCACACUGCUUCUAGGAAACUUAAGAACGGGUACCAGAAUCAUAGCCUGAAAUGCCAGCUAAGUGCUUAUGCACCUGAGUGUUUCUUGGCCCAUGCUGUUACUUCUCUCUCUCUCUCUCUCUUUCUUCCCUCCCAUCCAAAAAUACUGGGUCUUCAUCCAGUUUCCUGAUCCUCUUGUGAAGCCAUCCUCCAUGGAGAGCAACCCAAUCAACAUCUCUACUUGCCAUUUAGUUUGCUAUGCCUUCCCACCUCUUAUUAGUGGUUUAUUUUGGUUAACCAUGGAUUUCCUCUCCAGGACCUGUGGACAUGCAUUUCUAACCAACUGUCUACACAGCUUUGGCCCAGCAGCAAUCUGGGAACUUACAGAGCAGCUCUGAGGAAGGAUGGGGCAUUAGGUAUAAAAACAGACUGAGGGUAUCUCAUCGUUUUCAAACAGUGUUCCUGGAAAUCCUGGGGUUCUCUGCAGGUUUUUCAAGAAUUCCUCACAGGGGAAACAUAGCUCUGCUGUUGAACAUAUACUUUGCUUGCAGAAGGUCCCACGUAAUAGCUUUGAGAAAGAGACCUCCUGCCCAAUUGGAGUAAGGAAAACUGGACUAAAUGGACCACCUGGUGGAUGAUUUGGCUCAGUAUAACGCAGCUCUAUCUAUCCUCCGUGUGUGGAUAAACUUCCUUAAAAGUUUGCUGGUCCACUGCGACUAAUCUGUUCCUGCAGUCUUCAGCUAAGUGUGCAUGGAUGCAUUCUCAGUUCAUGAAAGAAAACAAAAGGCUCAAGAGUCCCAGGCAAUGCUCUGCAUCAUGUUCUGACUCAAUAUUCUAGAGCCUUUUAAGAGUCUCAGCAUUUGUGUGUUAAGGGUGUGUGGUUGUGCACACAUCUGGCCUUGACUGGUUUGGGGUCUGAUCACCCCAUCCACUGCCUAGAAUGCAAUUCCCCACAGCUAUCCACAGAGGUGAUACAGCCACCAGGCCAAAAAAGAUUUUUCACCCCUGCCCUAGGCCAUGCCCCUGAACCUUCUGUAAUGCAUGUAGAAAGUUUCACUAGUAGUCUACUUCAUCCAGAGUCCUGCAUCUGACAGACAAGCUUUGGACAUUUAAGAGAAAAUGCAUAAAGGAAGGUCUGCUUGACUUUCAAAUGCUUGUGGCGAGAUGUGUGUGAAUACCUUGACACUUGCUGAACCCAUCUUGUGCACUGCUUCCAAAUGAAUUUGUGAGCAGAGCUUAGUAGUUACUCCAAUCUUGACAAAAUAUUUAGGCUAAGCCUUAAAUGGCUUCUUUAAGUUUGAAAGCAGGGUGGUUCCUCCAGAGCCAACACAGUUUGAAAGAGGAAUUGCUGCACGUUUUGUUGACUCCAUUUUUGCCUCUGGUAAACAGGUUUUGACAUUUUUGUAUUUAAAAAAAACCAAAAAAAAAAACCCUGCAAAUCCUCACCAGACAUGGCAGCGGAAGAAUAGAAAAGGCUGUGUACAUGAUUAAGGUUAAUGGGAGUUGUAGUCCAAGCCAUAUGGAGGAUGCCAGGUUAGGGGAGGCUGGUAAUGUAUAGAAGCCUUUAUAAACCCCUUUCAAGUCAGGCAAUAGUUUUCUGGAUGUUUUCUCCAGCCUAAAAUAGCACAAAAUGCCUGUUUGUGCUAUGCAAACACAUUCUGACAAUUGUUCCAUUGGACAGAAGGAUGCAGGUUGUGGCUUUACUUUCUCACAUGAAUUCAAACCCAAGCCUUCUCUCUUCAAGAAAGCUCCAAGUAGACAAAGCUUUUAUAAACUGCUUAGAGGUUUUACUACGAUCCAACGGUAUAGAAAUUUGGUUAAAUUAAAUAAAAAAUCCAAAAGGCAAGAACAUGCGUUUGUUUUGUUUUUUAGGAAGGAGCAGGGCACCACACAAUGCGAAGAAGAGUAUUUAGCAAGGAACCUAGUGAGAUGCACCAUACCUCUGAGCUGCCUUAUUUAGAUCUGGAGAUGUUUUUACACCUACAGGUGGCCGGGAGUGGAACAGCUGCUGUUUCUGUCUUUACAGCAUUACAGCAGUCCUUAAACCUUUGAAAGAUUUCUGGGGACUGAGUAAGAAUUUUGGUACAGGGAAUGAAGCUCGGACAUGAACACACUUCCUGUAAACAAUCUCUAUUAGGUUACCAUGGUCUUAGGACUGCACUGGAGUCAUCUUAGGCUAGAGAGGUGCCAUCAGACAUGCAAUUAAAAAGAGAGAGGAAGUCCUCAGGCGCUGGGGUGAGAGUAACAAUGCAAAGCAUAUUGGGAUGAAGAGGACUCUCCUUUCAGCCCACACCAUUUUGCUGCCUGAGGCAGAGCAGCAAAUCCCUCUCCUCCAAAGUCAAGCUGCAUAAAACCCAGGGCUCUUUAAGGUAUUCUGCAAUGUGAGGCAAAAAGUUGCCUGAGAACCCUAACACAUACACAUACCCCGUCAGUAAAAAUAUAAUAACAAACUAAAUAACAAUUUUCUGCCUUUUAUGGAAUCCAAAAUCAGCCACCUGAGGUGGUUCCCUUACUCUACCUAAUGGUAGGGCUGGCCCUGUUUCAUUCUCUAGAUUGUCUGCUGCUAACCCCUAUCUUCUGAUUCUCUUCCCCCUCCUGUUUUUUUUAAAAAAAUCCUUCAAUCCCAAGCACUGGAUGUAGAUGGAACCCAGCUCCACAGCCCAGUCUUAAACAGCAUGGUCACUACUGAUUAUAACACAGUAUGUUUAUUGUAGGAGGGAUGCUGUUCAUGCAUCCAGUGUUUUGACCAAGUCCUCAUAAUGUCAUUGGCAUAAAAAUGCCAGCCAGUACCCUCUACCCCAGUGAUUUAAUCUGGAGUGGAAAUCCAAUCUGUUUAAAAACAACAACUACUACUACUACUACUACUACUACUACUACUACUUGUUAUAAAUGACCUGUAUAUUUGAAUGGCUCAUUGGGGGCCCCUCCAGACUAGAAUUUUAUUCUGUACUGUAUGUAUUUUGCAACGUGUUCUUUAUAGGGUUGCCAUAGUUCAAAAAGUAAAUCUGGACACAAAAGUUGUUCAGCUUUUUUUGCGAAAUCUAAAAAAAAAACCCAUGCAUUUUCAAGCAAGGAGGGCUAAAUACCAGCCAUGUUGGGACAUAUGGCAACCCUGUCUUUAUAGUGCAAUGUUCUACUUUAGUUUGUUGUGUGAUGCUUCCCAAAUAUUACCACAUAGUUGUUCAGAGUUUAGCAGAAAUGAAACAAGAAACCAGAACAUUUGCAGUAAAAAAAAAAGUUUUGGGAUUUCAGUGGGAAAUUAUGGGAUAUGCACUGAUGUAAACUGAAGCCGUGUGACCACCCCAAUACUUUUGGAGGUGUAAAUAGCUUUGAAAGCAUGAUUGCUUUCAAACCUAAUCUGGAGUGGGGGCAAGAGAGUGUAUGUGCUUAUGGGUUGCCCUUCACAGAAUUAGAGAGAGGACUUUGUGGACUCAGCAUCUGGUAGGCCACAGGUUCUUCAACUCUAAUCUCAGAUCUGAAAGUCCCUCCUUUACAUUAGGAUCUCCCUGCUUCAGUCUAGGAACAGCAAAGGACCAGAACUGUAUGAUUACUCCAUGUCCACCUUAGCUUCGACAACGGUUAAACCCCUGGGUUCCCAAGAGACCGGUUUGCAGCUGAAGUCUGUUGUCUUUGGGUGAAGACAGCUGGCGAUAAGGGCUAUCGGGAGUGUAAGCAGGAAAUAACAUUCAUUGUCCUGCUCCACAUCUUGCUGAUAAGCUGAAGAGCAGUGGUCAAGGGUCAGAGGCAACUUGUAGCAAGCUGAUCACACACUCUUAUACUGACACACUUUGCUUUUCUAUAAUAGCCCUUUCCAUAUGUAGCCAAGGGCAUUGUUAAGGGCUCAAGCCAUGGGCGUUUUGCAAUGAACCCCAGAUCGUCUGCUACUUCCCCUCCGCUUUUUAAAAAACCUUGCCCCCACCCAAGGUGGCUGAGAACCCUGCAAAAUGCAGUGCUGGUCCAGACACCCCAGUAUCUUAACUGCCCAGAGUCAUAUACGCAUUAGCAUAUGCAAACUUAAUGGAAAUCUGUGUUAUAGGUCUGCACUUAGCAACCCUCCUGCAUGUAGCGGUUGAUAAACUAAAGCCUCUGAUAAACUCAAGCCUCUGGUUCUAAGAAUCUGCAAGGUUGUCUGCCUUGCAAGAUGCAGGAUAUAGUCUCAAGCACUGAAUGUCUGAAACUUGAUCCUGAAAAUGUCAGCUGUUCUGUGCACAGAGCACAUUUCUGAGACAUGUCGCAUGAUUGUGGAGAAAUACCUGAAAACGUUUUGGUCGGUUCCUCUAAGACUGGGCACAGCUCCCAGGAAUCAGGGACGAGGAAGCCAUCACUCAGCACAGCUCUUAAGUGAGUGCUUCAUCAGGCCACACCCUCCUUCCACAUAUUGCUUUUAGGCUUUUCCCCCUAGUCUCUCCUGAGCACUUCCUCCCCUGCAAAAAAAAAAUUAAAAAAAAAUGGGGAUGAAAAAGUAUAAAAUCUGCAAAGUUGUUUUUAACAAGCCACAGUUCAACAUUAUGCAAACUUUAUGCAGACAUGCAUAAUUGCCUCUUCAAAAAAUUAACCGUGCAAUUUUUGAACCUCUGACGACAACUCUAACAAUGUCAGGAUGAGGCGCGUAGCAGGGUGAAAAUAAAUACUGCCUGACAUGUGUGUUUGCAUUUAGUAAAUCAACCUGUCUUCUCUGCCUUUUCUUUCUCGACUGAACGUGGGCGGGUUUCUCAUCCACCCCACACCUCCUUACAUUUUGCUGUUCUGCUCUUACUUGCCAGUGAGACUAUGGCUUCACUGUAGUCCUCAUUUGGAGAAUCUAGGGGGAGGGUGGGUCCUAGGUUGGUUGUUCAACUCAGAGCCCCUGAACCUCUCAGACCUAUUUGUGAGGAAACUGGCACAAUCACUCAGAAAUUCCUCCUAAGCAAAUACCACUGAAGUGACUGAAAAUAAUGUAAUAUCCCAAUUUCUUUUCACGUAGUUAUUUUAUUUGGUUGACUUGGAGUUUGGUGUUGUUGUUGUUUUAAAAAAAGAUUGCUUUUUAUUUAAAAAUGCUCAAGGGGACAUAUAUCAAAUAAAAGCAACAACAAAGCAACAAAUACAAAGGACGCUGUACACAUCCCAUUCAGUUCGCUGGGCCCAAUCCCCAAUGCAUUAUCCCUAUUAUUGGGGCAGGAGCUAAUUUCAGCUAAACAUAUAAAGCGUACACAAAUGUUUGCUCUGUGUCCCAAAAUUGCAGCUGUUUCAGGUUGAGUCUGAGUGUAUUCACUGAGUUAUCUAAGGAUAUUUUACACUUAAGGUAGCGGCAGGGAACUUCUGCCCACCCUGCAAUGUUGUUGGACUGCAGUGCCCAUCAAUCCUGGCCAGCGUAGCCAAUGUUGAGGGAUGAUGGGAGUUGUGAUUCAGCGACAUCUGAAGGGCAGCAAGUUCCCUAUCCUUGAGCAGGUGCCUUAUUUUGCAGUGUUGAGGCAACGCUUAGAAACUUCCAAGAAGAUUCCAUUGCUUUCUCCGUGCUGCUGAAGCAAGGGUUUGGAGUCCUGCUCAGUUCUGUAGCCAGGUGUUGUUACAAAAACAAAAAAAUGUAGUCACUCCCCUAUCCCUUCCUCAAAGACACUUCUCUUCUCUUCUCUCACAUUUGCUUUGUUCUGCUGACUCCUGUUUAAUCAGCUAGCUGUUCUAAACAUGGCAGCAUUGAUUGUUCUCGCAUUCUGUGCAUGAGAACCAUGAUUAUCCAGCAAGGACACAGAGGCACUGUGCUUCUGGUUGUUAUUGCAUUUAGCGUUCGUGAUUUCAAUCCCUUUCUCCAGGACCAAAUUGUUCAGCGAGGUUCCCACACAGUUUUAUUAGCACAAGAAAUCAGGUAAGCCUGAUCUCUGUCCCCAAAGGCUCUUAGCUCAAUCAAAAGGCUAGUGCAGGACAAUUUUCUUUUUCCAGUUGGAGUUGAAAUUUUGGAUCUUUUGCAGUGGAGAGCCGCAGCGAUCAUCAAGCUAACUGGGCCAAGUCUUAUUAUGAAGAAGUGAAUGGCAGAGAGUCCAAAAGUGUACAUUUGUUCCAUGGCUUUAGCCCUCUUGCCGGGACCUCCUUGCAAACAUUUUGCACAAAUCUGAAAUUAGGCAAAAUUUUCAGAAUUUUAAUUGGCUUUAUGAGUUUCAAACAAUUGAGAUUCUCCUUUGAAAAUUUCCCUUUUUUGCUUAUACUUCUUAAAAUAAAAUAAAAUAUCAACAUGAAGCCUUGUUGAUGACUUUUGGGUUCAUCCACACUUAUCUUUGCUCCUUGCUUUUUAAGCAAAGGUCUGUGGUUUCUAGGUCUAUGUCUGAGCAUGGUUUUGUGUGUCCCCCAAAGCUUUUCCGGGGGAAAUUUGUGUUUUACUGCUAAAUCAGAGCAAAUGGCAAUCCGAAGAAAACCCAAUUGCUGUUUGGUCCGAUUCAGCAGUAAAAUGUGGGGGAAGCUCUCUCUCUCUCUCUCUCUCUCUCUCUCUCACACACACACACACACACACACACACACACCAUGCUUGGACACGGACCUGGAGAGCCCAGAUCUUUGCCUAGAGAUGCAGAGCAAAGCUAAGUGUGUAUGAGCCCAUAAAAGUAAUAAUGUUAAGUAUCAGCUUAACCUUGAGCUCUUAAGAAGGUAUGUACUGCCUGCUGUUAUUGCACCUGCUGUCUUAAUUACCCCACAAAGGAGAUGGACUAUGCCACCAUUCCAUGGUUGUGGUGCAAGACUUGCAUUGGGUUCCAGGACAAAGCUUUGCAUGACCCUCACAGGAACCUCAAAUUGCUGUAUUCCACCGUCAUAGACAACAGCCAAGGAACUAAGGAGCUGUUUUCCCUGAGUCUCUUGCGCGUGCACACAAUGAAAGGAAGCUGCUGAUACUGACCCAUUAUUGUUGCUCCUGAUACAUUUGCAGUGUUUUAAGUCAUGUGCAUAAAAGCUCAAGUUUUUCGCAAACAUAGCAAGGUGCCACAUGGAAAGCUGUCUUUGUGGUAUUUCUCAUGUUUCCAGCCUAGCACCCAGCUCCAACCAGCUUUGAGUGGGUGACCCUUGGUAGUUUUCCAGACAGUUGCCAUCUUCCUUGGGAUGAUCAGUGUUUAGCGUGAAAAGCAUGCAGUUUUUGCCAUUUUACUGCAUGCAGUCUGGAUGGCAUUCCUUGAUGUUUCAUGAUGCUUCUGUUUCAGGAAUAAUGCCUUUUUCCCCAACAUGAGAUGUGCUUGUUGUUGUUGUUUAGUCGUUUAGUCGUGUCCGACUCUUCGUGACCCCAUGGACCAGAGCACGCCAGGCACUUCUGUCUUCCACUGCCUCCCGCAGUUUGGUCAGACUCAUGUUUGUGGCUUCGAGAACACCGUCCAACCAUCUCGUCCUCUGCCGUCCCCUUCUCCUUGUGCCCUCUAUCUUUCCCAACAUCAGGGUCUUUUCCAAGGAGUCUUCUCUUCUCAUGAGGUGGCCAAAGUACUGGAGCCUCAGCUUCACGAUGUGCUACAUUUGUAUAAUCUGGGGAAAUCUGACUCUUAUUUCUGGUAGCACUCCUGUUGCGGUUGCUCCAGAGAAGGCAGUCAGAGAAUGCCUGUGGAGGAUGAGAAGCAAUACCUUCCCUUUCACCAAGGCCAUUUUGCACAAACACACACAAACGCAAAAUACUAUAGAGGCUGACAUUCUUCCCACUACACCAGUCCAGGUCACAUGUGAUCAUCUACCUCCCCCACUUUUUAAGUGGCAAUUAUCACAUCACCAAGCUUAUUCUCCUCUAGAAAUCCCCCCCCCCCCCGGCACACCCUUCAUGAAAAACAGAGAAAUGCAUUGUUUGCAUUCAUUUUGUUUUAUUCUUUGAGGAAUAUGGACACCUCCUCUAUGCUUCACCUCCUUCAUCACCUCCUCUAUGCUUACAGGAGCCCAACAGCAGCAUGGCUGUCCCUCUACAGCAAGGUGAUCCCCUCCUGCCACCUAUUGUGGGUGGAUUACAGUAAAGAGAGAUCUCAUUGGUCCCAAUCUUUCAACUAGGAUUUGCAAGUGUAUUGUCCAAACACAGAUAUUUUGGAGUAAGCCUGGAUAAGCACUCCAAGUUUUUAUUUCUGCAGAGCCUUGGUACUCCCUCUGUGUAAUGGUUUAAAAAUGCCCCUGUGAAUUUAGUCUUGGAUCUCUUCCCUUCUCCUGCAUUUCACCAGACCACCCUGCGCAAAAGAUUAUGAUGUCAGCUGAGAAUUCAGUCGCACAAUGGCCCUAAUUUUCUGGGAGGCAAAAGAUGUUCUUUUCUAGCUGUUUCCAGUGGCAGUGUGGUAGUUCUCUGCAUGCAGACAUUUGCAGUCGAUAUGGUGCUCAGUGACUGCUGGAGAGGAACAGUAUGUUCGGAAAAGGAGAUGAUGGAGGGGAUCUCUCCUUCUGUAAUGCCCCCCUCUCUUUGUUCUCUCUGUCAGAAUGAAGAAUAAACUUUGGUAUUUUGAAUUUGGCACAACGGAAACCUUUGCCGCCACCUGCAAGAAGCUCCACGACUAUGUAGAGAUUGAGGUGAGUUUCCAGAGAUCCUCAAAUUGCCGCUUCUACUGGAGACUGUUGUCCGGGUGAUUGCAGUGCCUCUUUGUUGCCCAGGAGACUAUCUGGGUAAUUCUUAGUGCUGAUACAAAUUUCCCUUCCGGCCCCCCUUUCCAUUAAGCUGAUCCUAUACCUGUCACUCACAACCUGCUAGGAAUACUCCUUAAUGGGGUCUACUCUAUGUAGCAGCUGUAACGUUGAAGAGUACCAUGGAGCUCCUGCUGCCACCACCUUGAACCAUUUCCAGGAGUUUUGACAUGGCAGGAAUGAUGUAGGAAUCAGCUUUCAGAGUCGCUAUAAAUUCACUGCUUCCGGAGGAGUAACCAUGUUAGUUGGUUGUGAAAAAACCGAUGAAGGACCCUAAAAACUGAUAGGUAUAUACUGUAUUAUGGCUUCACCAUUCACAGACUAGACUGCAGUUCAUCAGAUGCCAUGAGUGUUAUAGCUAUGAAUUCAGAGGAAAGGGGGGAAAGUAAAAAGUCAGGUCAAGUGGCAAUGAACUGUAAAAGGUAGAGUCGGUGACACUCCAAAUUAAGAGUUAUCCACACUUAGCUUUUGCCCCACACUUUCCAGGCACAAGUCCACACUUAAAAGCUCUGUGUCUAGGCAUUUUGAAGGGGUUCCUUUUGCCCUGGAGCUUUCCCUGCAAAAAGCCACUCUUUAGUGCUUAAUAGGUGCAAAUGUCAAUUUGGGGUUUCCAUGGAUUAACGUCAGUUCCAACUGAGCUUUAAAGAACAGAUUUUUCUGGGGAAAGGUUGAUUGGACAUGCAGUUUUAAAGCAUGCACUGUGCCUGGAAAGAACAGAGAAAAGAGAAAAGGUAAGUGUGGGUAAAUCCUAAGUGGCCAUUCACAAUACCAAUAUUUUGUGAUAACACUUCCACUGUAGCAUUUCUCAGCUGAUUAACACUAAUAGCAGGAAAGAAACCCAUUGUCCUUUCAUGCUCAAAGCAGGUAUGGAUCAAAUCCAUUAGGCAACCAUAAACUUUGCAGGCAAUUAAGACUUGCCCACAGUGGAGAUAUUCCAAGACUUGAGAUGCUGAGUCAAGGUACCUAUUAUUUAGGACCUGUUCUGCUCCCAUGCUGGUUUCCUGAUAAUGUGUGUAAUAGACAAGGGGGGGGAAGGAUUUAUACAAGUGGCUAAAUCCAAACUACAAAGGGAUCUGGUCCCUGUAUUUCCAAACAAGCCCUUGCACUAUUAGUCAACGCUGAGAGUAUUUUUGAUAGGCAAAUAACAUCAGCAACGGAGCUCCAAACUUGCUCGAACUUUUUUUUCCAGAUUAUAACAAAUAACAAAGACUGCAAUGUUUAAUCAAUUUAAUCAACUGACUGAUUAGAUCAAUAGAUUAAAAUGUUAAUUGGCUAAAAUGGUGCCACUGUUUAACUGGGUAGCAGGGUUGGAGGAGGGGCGUUCCCAACACACUAUGAAUAUAUAGUUAGAUGCAUAUGAAAACUGUAGGUGUUGUCCCAUUUUAAGAGAGGCAUUCUCCCAUACACAAAGGAAUGCCUCUUCUAUGUAAUGUCUGCUAUGAUAUGUAAGUGCAUUAUCUAAAAACAAGGAAAGCAGGUUGCUGCACUCAGAAAGUGUUUGGCCCAAACACAAAACAAAUGUGUUAAUCAGCUAAAAUUUUGAUCUUAUACAUUUUAUUUAAUCAGCCAUACUAAUAAUUGAAGAACAGGUUUGUUGUACAUAUUUUUUCUAAACAUUAUGGCAGAAGUUUCAAACCAUCUUGUAGCACCUUAAAGGCUUGGCCAUUUAUGAUGGCAUAAGGAAAGUGACGGGAAAAUGCACUGGAAAGAGUGGAACAACACUUGCUUGAGUCAGUGCCGUGGAACCUCUCAACAAGCAAAUCAGAAUGAAUGUUCAGUCAGAAGCCGAUGGUGUCUAACCUCCCUGCACACUUUGUGCCAGCAAAUCAGGAUGAAUGCUCAAAUAAAUAGGUUGUCAGGAAAUGACCAAAUUAAAAGAAAGUCUGGUGCAUUCUUUUAGUCUCCACUGUGCUUCCGAAUGCAAUGAAGAGGGGAGGCUAAGAAGCAGGUCCAUUUUACCUCUUUCUUCCAAACAUGGAUCCACAGCCCAGGAGGGAGUCGAGAGAAAAGUUCCCAGGAAAGCUUUGCCUACGGCACAUUACUGGAGGGCCACUCCCCCCCCCCCCCCGGGGUUUAUGACUUCCACAGCCUUCCUGAAAACAAUCCCCAUCUUAUUGCUAACUGGAGCUGGAAUCCUGCUUCAGGCUCACAGUUACAGAUAUGAGCAAGACUUUGGAUUAAAGCACAUUCAGAUCCAGCUAACAAUAAAUAUCCUGUUGCCCUUCAUUGUUCAAUGUGUAAACAGAAGCUUUCUUUUUCUGCAAACAGCCAGAAGUUCAGUCCAGCCUAUCCUUUAGUGACAUUGCCAUCCACUGCUAAUUUGGGUGUACGGGGGCAGUUUCUGAGGAAGCUCCUCAGAUACCAAAGGCAGCAGUUGUGUGAAAAGAAAACAGCCAUAGACACUAAGCAGCAUUUUAAAAGUGCAUGCACAUCACUGAGGGAUCCUCCUUCAAGUGUACUUGUUGGUCCCAGCAUCUGGGCUCUUGCCAUCUCUGAAGUCAGUUGGAGGAGAGCAGAAUUUAGCUUCUUCCCCUCCUCCUUACAGCUGUACUUCAGAGCUUGCCUGGAAGUGUGUGUGUGUGUACACCCCGUGUUUGCAUGCAGUGAUCUUUGGGCUAGAUGGAAACAGCCUUUAAUUAGAGAGGAGUGUGAACAGCUUGCCAGGGGUUGCUAAGAGCCCUGUCAUUUUACGCUCUCUUUUUCUUUUCUUUUCUUUUUUUACACAGUUUGUAUUGGGGCUUUGGGGAGGUGUGUGUUUUCUGUAAACUUCCUCCUUUCCCCAUCGGUGGAUAAAUGAACCUUUCAUUAGUUAUUCAUUAAAGCUAGAAUGCAGAAACGUCAGCUGGCACAAAAACCUUGCCCUGGCGAUGGAGUGUUUUGCAAAUGACUCCCCCUGUCCAACACAACAGAAGAUGGCCUCCUGUCAAAAGCUAUGCUCAGAACUAGGUUGCGUGGCAGUGCUUUUAAAGGCAACAGGGACGCGCCACCUGUUUUGAAGUCUUGCCCCAUGAUCCUCAGAGGAAGGGCUGUAGAUCACUGGUGGAGCAGCUGCUGGAGUACAUGCUGAAGGUCCCAGGUGUAGACAAACUCAUGGAGGAAAAGGCUAUCCAUGGCUGCUAGUCAGAAUGAUCAGAGACAGCACUGGGAAACAGCAGCAGGAAAGCACAGCUGCACUCAUGUCCUGCCUCUGGGCACCUUGUUCACCAGUGUUGGAAGAAGGAUGCCGACUAGAUAACCCACUAGGGUUCUUUUUGCAUCCUUCCCUCCACCGUUGUGUACAUAGCCCUGUCUGUUCUAGCCUUGCUAAUAUUCUAGUAUUGUUUGCAGAGCGGCCAGCCUAGAUUAACUCUGUGUAUAUGUGCAGCUUUUGGGAAUGCAGUGCAUGGGUGAGGCAAAGGUGAGGACGUGGGUGGCGCUGUGGUCUAAACCACUGAGCCUCUUGGGCUUGCCAAUCGGAAGGUCGGCGGUUUGAAUCCUCGCGACGGGGUGAGCUCCUGUUGCUCGGUCCCAGCUCCUGCCAACCUACCAGUUUGAAAGCACGCCAGUGCAAGUAGAAAAAUAGGUACCGCUGUGGCUAGGAUUGCCAUACAUUUGGAAUUUCCCAGACACAUCCGGAAUAGAAGAAGAAAAGAGUUUGGAUUUGAUAUCCCGCUUUAUCACUACCCUAAGGAGUCUGAAAGCGGCUAACAUUCUCCUUUCCCUUCCUCCCCCACAACAAACACUCUGUGAGGUGAGUGAGGCUGAGAGACUUCAAAGAAGUGUGACUAGCCCAAGGUCACCCAGCAGCUGCAUGUGGAGGAGCGGGGAAGCAAACCCAGUUCACCAGAUUACGAGACUACCGCUCUUAACCACUACACCACACUGGCUGUAGUCGGUACUGUACUGUAGUCGGAAGCUGUGUCCAGGCAGAAAUCAGUAAAAUGCCUGGGAAAAUAUGGACAUAUGGCAACUUUGGGCAAAACUAAAAAAAAAAAGCAGCUCAUCAAUUUUGCCCCCCCCCCAAAAAAGCUCAACCAUUUUUGUGUGUGGAGUUUCACUGUGGCAGGAAGGUAAAUGGCAUUUCUGUGCGCUCUGGCACUCGUCACAGUGUUCCAUUGCGCCAGAAGCAGUUUAGUCAUGCUGGCCACAUGACCCGGAAAGCUGUCUGUGGACAAAAGCCGGCUCCCUCGGCCUAAAAGCAAAGAUGAGCACCACACCCCAUAGUCGAAUUCGACUGGACUUAACAGUCCAGGGGUCCUUUCCCUUUUACUUUACUACACUGGGUGAGCAUAUCCAGAUCAUCUCAAAAGCCCCAUGUGGACAUGCCCUACUGCUGAUUGCUGGAUUGUUGUUGCCCUUUCCCUUCUCCCUCAAUUUUUCACUCUACAACUCCUUUUUUUCCUUUCAGCCUUGGUAGGGGCUUUAUAAUAAGCAUGCUUUUUAUAAAGCACAAAACUUAUGUCCAGUUGGACCUGAGCCGUCCCCAACGCAUCAAGUGUCUGGGUCCCACUCAUCUGGACACUUCUCCUGACCUUCCCUUCUAGUAAUUGUAUCUCUGAUCCGUUUAGUAACAGGGUGCAAAAAACCAAACAAAAAAAAAAAACCCUGCAGGAUUCCACAGCUUCCCUAGGGAACUUUUCCCCCAUUGUCCAACAUUACUUAAAAUUUAGGGAGGGGUGCUUUACUGGUUUGGUUUUUAAGUGAACGCUACUAUUACCUCCUACGUCCUGCACACCCAGUACAUCUAUAAAAUAAGUGCAGCCGAAAAUAGCAUUUGCCUUUCUUUUCCAGGCAUUGACUGCUGAGAUUGUAUUCCGUUUGUGAAUCACUACAACUCCUAGGUCCUUCUCGUCUGUGCUGGAUCCUAGCAGGUUUAUCCUCCAGUGGUGGCUGGUGACUAUUGGGUGGAAGACAGGGAGCCCAACAUUAGGCAGAGUCAGAGCCAAUCGCAAGGCUGAGCCAACUAAUUCUAGUUUUUGUCGCUAUCCUUCUCCUUUCUGAGUUCUAAAAAGGGCAACACUGAGACUUAAGGCUCAUCCACACCGAGAGGUUUUGCCUUUGCCCUCCCACUUUCACCCAGCAAACUUUUUAGCACUAAAUUGAAGCCAGUAUCAAUUCAGAGAAAACCCAGUUGACAUUUGCUCUGAUUCAGCGGUAAACAGCAGGUUUUCCCAGGAGGAAAGUGGCAAGGAAAGCGGAAAUGUGGGUGAGAUCUAAGGGAAGGAAGCAAGCAGGUCAUGCCACUCUCUGGACUGGUUGUAAGUAAGAAGGACAGAAGUUGGGGGCAGGCUGAGGUUGGUGGGGCAGUAAACCCCCUUGCCCAAAUACUGUUACCCUCACAUUUGCGAUAUGUAUGCUAUGUACAUUGCCAUUUACUUUCAUGCUGUUUUAUGUAGCUUAACGAUCAUUUUGAAUCAUUAUAAGAAAGAUAGGCACAUUUAGUGACCUCAUCUGAGCCCUAAAACUAGUGAGACAGCAACCCAGGUCAGAAGUUGUACUAAUUCAAAAGACCAGCAGCUCUUUAGGAACCAGGGAUUCCUAUCACCUGGUAUCAAAACAACUCACUCUUCAAUCACAGCACUGACUCUUUGGGUAAAAGCAGCGAAGGGUAGAAGCAGCCAGGCAGGUUUAUCUCACAGAAAUAUCUUAGAAGGGUAUCUGCACAUUUUGCUUCCUAGCUUUCUUUCGGGAUGGUGUGAUAAUUAAUUUUCAAAUGAAAGCUCAGAAUCUGGAGACCCUGCUGGCAUGGGCCCAUUACAUCAGUACCCAGUUGUCAAAAUUUUCUGACAUAUUCCAGUGGCCUCCUAACAGUUUUAAGAAUUGCCAAAUAAUAUUGCCCAUCACCAGACUUCUGAAUUAAUCAAGAACAUAUGUUACUGCUUAAAAUGGCAGACUUAGUACUUACACCUGGGCAGACAUGGAUACCUUUUGUUUCAAAGUUCAUCCGCCUAAAAUGCUAAAAAAAAAUUAUCAGACAGUUUCAAAACUUCCUAAAUUCUGAUUUGCUUAAACUUGCAAAAUCAUGCUUAAGGAAAGCAGGAGUUCCAGUUCUUUAGAAACCAUGUUAGUAAGUGGGGAGACUUUAAGCUGAGCAUUUAGGGGGAAAUUAACUUUCAGAGCAAGGAGGCAAUAAAAUACUUCAUAAAGAGGCAUUCCAGGCACGAGAAGGGCAGAUAUUGAGGAACAGUAUAUAGGAAGCCUUAGAAGUUGCCCUUUCCAGCUGCAGUGAGGUAUGGAAGAUGCCCUACCCCGCCGCUCCAUCCCAUCCUUAGAAUUGGUACCUUUGAUUCUUCUUUGGGGUUGCAUCUCUGUGAGCCAACUGGCCUAGGGGAAAAAAUACAAAGCUGUCUUUCAAUUGAAUGGUUGUCUUUGACUAUUUUGUUUAACACAAUGCAAAAAGGGAUUCAUGGCUGAGAAUUGAAGUCAGAUGUGGAAUAUACAAACAGCAAAUCCUGCCAGAAGUUUUUGGGGCAAUAUGCAGUGAGCAGUGCCCAGCUGGUGCUUGGCCUUAGCCCCAGAACCUGUUUUCCGUCCCAUGGCUGAGUCAUGGGACAUGGGAAGUAAUAAAGACAAUAACACUUUUGAUGAUGUGCAAAGUAACCAUCACUCACCCAAACGAUCACAAUAGGGUCUGCAAGAAAAGAUUCCAAGCCUGUUAUAACCUCCACACAGGCUAACACUUGUCACGGUGUGAUAUAUGUUCUGAGACAGAAAAAGACUAUUGAUUACAUACAGGGAUUCUACUUACCCAGCCAAAUUAUUUGAGCCUUUUGCAGAUUCUGUACUGAUGUACAUCAGUGAAAUGGGAAAGAUACCUAGAUGUAAUGCUUAUGGAAAUAGAUAGCCCUCAUUUCCCACUCUCAGGGCUGCAAAGUGUUAAUCUGGUGGCAUGAAAGCAACAGUUUGCCCUCCCUCUGGCUCCAGGCAUCUGUCAUGAGCACAGUGAAAUGACAGUUUUGUUUUGGAAAUUGGCAUCAGUUACAGUAUAGACUCCUGGAAAUAAAGUUGGUUUUUUCCCCAGCUGCAAAUGUCUACUUCCAGUCUCCCUGCCAACAGCCUGUCAGCUGCCCCUUCUCAAAGAGGCCAUUGUACCACACUGGCACAGAGACAGAGCACGGUUAAAGAGGGAAAUAUUCUCUCUGCCCAUUGGAUGCUCGUUCCUCUGCUGUGUGAAUAUAUGGCAUCUGUAUCACGUUCUGUGGCCUGCCAGACCUUUGCUUACCCAGCAGCACAGAGGAGGUUCAAUCAUAAUAUUCCCGUGAAAAACAACAGAACCAAGUUUAACUGUUGGCAAUCAUUGUUCCUUCUGAACUGAAGCAGCGACCCUGCUGCUGUUUAUCUACCUUGUAUUUAGACCUGCUUUUUUAAACAUAGCUUUCUGUUGAUGUCUGGGUCUGUUGCUCCUGUGAUGACUAGCAUUUCUAGCAAGCUUCUUGAAUCAAUUAAAAAAAAACUGUUCAAGCCUCCCUCCCCUUUUAUAAAAGGUGAUGCAAGUAUAUUUUGCUCAGUUUUUUUAGGAUAUUGUAGGGUCAUUCGUCCCUGGAAGUAUCCUUUAAGGCUAUGUUGGGAGAGGGUAUCUGGAAGCAAAUGUGUUGGUGAUUUGCCACUUUAACUGUCACAACUUUAAGUGAGGUGAGUUUAUCUGUUGUUGAAAGCAUUUUAGUUACCUUAUCAGAAUAAUUUUGCCAUCAGGCUUUGCCACUUCACUAGCAGAAGUCACACCAAGGAGUAUCUUUCAUGCAUUUUGCAUCAGAUGCACCAGCUGCACACCCGGGCUCUUGCUGCCGUUAUCUUUGCAUAAUCUUCAAAAUUAAUUUCUGUAGAUAUCUUACAUGGGGCGGCCUUGUAAUGUUGCCCAUAAGGCUUUUGCAGGUUCAGAAUGCUGGGACUUGCCUCCAUGUAGGAAAGGGGAAUUGAGAACAUAUUCAGCCUGUUUUAUGUCAACUGUACUUGGUUCAUGUUUGUUUCUGGGCCCAAUUCAAGCUACUGGUUCUCUCCCUUGAAAUCCCACAUGGCCUUUAUCUUCAGAAAAUGCCUCUCUCUACAUAUGCACACAUACACCUCUCCACUUGUUCUAAUCUUUCAGCAAGGCCCCAUGCAGGAUAGGUCCUUUCAGUAAAUGCACAAAAACAGCUGUAAAAAAAAGUGUGCUGAGUCGUUUUCCUAGCGCCCUUGAGAUUUUGGAGUGCACUUCUAAGUCAUCGCUCAGCUUUUGGCAAGAGCGGGAAUUCAAUGCCUUUCUGUUUCAGAAAGCUUUCCACAGUCUUAGAAUGAUACUCUUGAUUGUACAUUAAUGCUGUGAUGUGUUUUGAUAAAGGUGGUGUUUUAUUGGCUCCUUGGCAGUUGGAAGUCACCUUGGAUUUUUAGGAAAGUGGGAUAGAAGUGUUAAAAUAAAUACAUAACAAUGCAGUGCAUUGAUGCAGGGCAUUUUGUGCCUCACAAUAGCUUCCUUUAUCUUUGUCUCCCACCAUUACCUGCCAGUGUGAUGGAACAGUUCUGGAUCUGAGUAGCACUUCACUGGAAGGUAUCGCAGUCCUCAACAUUCCCAGCAUGUAUGGCGGCUCCAAUCUCUGGGGGGAGACCAAGAAACAACGCAGCUAUAACCGGAUGAGCAAGAAGGUACCUGAAAAGUUACAAUCCUCAGUGGUUACUGAUGCCAAGGAGCUCAAGUUCUGUGUUCAAGGUAAGGGCAUUUAUUGUUAUGAUUGCAAUAGGAUGAGUGGAUGGGUAGCUACAGACAUUUUAAGAACUGGCCUUCUGCAACUGCUGCUGCCCCAUGUGUAAUCCAUACUCAAAACACUUGCCAGUUUUGAAGGGCCAAAAAGAUGUGUUGUGGCUCUCAGCUCAGUGAAAGUGAUGGGCACGCAGUGCUUUUUUCCUUUAAAAAUGUUUAGGGGUACUCUCAUUUUCCUACUCAUAUUGAAAUACUGCCCCUUAAUGAGGCCAAAUUUAAGAUUCACCCCUGCUUCCCCCCAGAAAAAAAGCACUGUGGGCAUGUAUGCAUAUGCGCUGAGAUAUUUGCAAGCAACAGUAAUGGGCUGAGAACUAGCAAUAACAGAAAUUACCAGAACACAUCACCUCUGUAAUACAAAGCUGAUACAAAAGGGCACAGUCCCUCUCCAUUUGAAUAAAUGGGAGCUGUGCCGUAAUCCCUGCCAAAGUAGAAUUUGAUGGAGGAUUGCACUGCUAAACUUUAAUUAUGCCCUUAUCAAGUGUGUUUACAAACUCCAGUUCUGCUGCUUCUGACUUCUUUGUCCUUUGAAAUAGAGUAUAACAACCAACCUGUAAAAGUGAAUGUAUGCACUUUUUGCAUCUAGUUUGUGUAAUUUGCAUAUCUCCAUACUACCAUCCAACUAUAUAACAUUUUCAAAUUAGGAAAGGUCAGGUCCCUGCUCCCUAGGGGCUUACAAUAUUGAAACUGACACCAGGUAGACCACAAAGGAAGGGGAGGGAGAAAUAAAGGCAGGGGUAAAAUUGAUUUGUGUUCAUUUUGUAUUGUUCACUUAUAUCACAGCAUCCCCAUUUAACCUGUCAGCACUCUAAACUAGCAAAAGGGCAUUUCUGGCACAUGGUGGCAUACAUAACAUUAGGGUAUGUUGGAUGAAUGAGUCCUUGAUGUCAUGAAAGUUGGUGAUGAUAUUGCUGAAGCAGGUGAAGAAACAGAAGAAGCAUCCAAGUUUGUUGCAGUGCUGGGAUCCUUGGUCUAUAUAACUUUGCUGAGAUGCCCAGUCUGCUGCUUGGAGCUGGCAGCUCUUCUGGCAGAGCUCUCGUGCCUCUAAUAGUUGAUUGGCAUGAAGCUUUAUUCUUUUUAUUGCUAUGAUGCCAUGUGGAGAAGAUAUUUACCUGCCACAAGGGAGACCUGGCACACCCAGAAUAAGCUGGCAAUUCUAGCGCUGCAGGAGCUGCUUUUCCAGUUUAGUGGGCAAGGAUAGGGCUUCUCUUCCCUCAGGGACUUCAGCUGAUACAGAUAAAGAUAACUGAUCUGGUUUGUGUCGUUUCCCCCCCUCUUUCUAGCCUAGUAGUUCCUCUCUUGCAAAACUUGGCUCACUUAUGCUAAUUACCACUUGCUUUGUUUAGGAAACCUUCAUGAAAUUUACGUAACACUUCCUAUGAAAUUAGAGCAAAAGCAGGUUACAAGACGGGUAGGUAAGAUUCCAGAAUGAUAAGGAAGGAGGUUUUGUUUUGCCUCUCAUAGCUCAGUAGAAGUUGCUGCAUGCAGGAUGGUAGCUGUCACCACAGGAGCUCCCAGAGCAGACGCCUUAUAGGUCAUCAAGACCAGGCGCAUUGUGUCACUGUUCACUAGAUUUGCUAGGCCCAAACCACACGUGAUAGUGGCAAGCCAAAAACCAGGUCUGAACGGAUCAAGUCUAAAGUGGGAGGUGGGAUUUAAAGUUCCCAAAAGGAACUGAGAAGAGAGCUGGGUUCAAGUUGUUGCAGCUGACAUUUGGAGUUAGUGGCAAGAUCAGCAGGGUUUACCGUUCAAUGAAAAAAACAGCAAAAGCACUAUGAUUUACAACUAUAAGAAAAGUAUUGCAUAUUACAUAAUGUAGCUGGGCUUUACGUGUAUAGCCACACACAAAUUCUCUCUCCCACACUGGACCAGGCCCCUGCAAAACCCUCUCUCUCGCUCUCCCCAACCCAUCAUUUGCCCACACAAAAACUCUCUCUCUCAAACUCUUCCUCCUGGCACCACCCCAGUCCUCUGCUUGCAUCCCAUGAUAAUUCUUGUUCUUGGCUCUCCUCCUCCCACUGGACACACCCUUUGCCCACGAAGUUUGGAGGAGGAGGAGCUUGAAUACAUGAAAAAGGUGUCCUGUCUGAAAUCCAAACAGGACAGGAGACACUUUUAUCCAAAAGAACGAUCACAUUUUUCUAGGGACAGGCAGAAACCCAAGACCAGAGACAUUUCCAGUCCUAACAAGAGGUGGAGUUUAUUGGAAUCCAGUCAAGAUCAAGCACUGAGGAUCAGUUUUCAAAACUGAGUAGCAAGUGGGAGUGUAGAGCUACAACUUCACAUCAACCAAGCUUAGCAGCAACUAUAGGUACAAAUAUAGUAGGGAAGUGGGCAGUGCAAUCUUAAGCAUGUCUCCUCAGAAGUAUUCCCCAUGGAGUUCAAUAGGACUUAACUUCCAGGUCAGUGUCGUCGUAUAGGACUGCGGCCAUAGUUACUUAUUUUUUGCUCUCAUGUUGAGAGCCAGCCUGGCACUCCUCCUCAGGUCCCGAUUGCCUUCCAAGAUUGCUCAGCAAGGCAGAGGCUGAAAAGGGUGGCGUGAGGCCAGCUAGAGCUUGUGGACGUGGCAGGGCACACCUGAUAAUUAGCCAGCCCUCCUAGUGACAGUCUACCAUGCAGCAUUCAAAGAGCCGUAAUUAACAGAUCUAAAUAAUCUUUUAAUGUAAGCAACACGGCUGGCUUCCAGCUGUGAGUACGAGGAUAUCUCUGGAGGAAGGGCACAACAGGGCAUGGACAAAGAGGGAAAGAUGCAAUAAGAAUAAGGAUACAGUACACUGACUGUCUAGUCCAGGGGGAGUCAACCUAAGGCCCGGGGACCGGAUGCGGCCCAAUCACCUUCUCAAUCCGGCCCGCGGACGGUCAGCGUGUUUUUACAUGAGUAGAAUGUGUCCUUUUAUUUAAAAUGCAGGAGUAGCCAAUGUGAUGUCUUCCGGAUACUGCUGAACUACAGCUCCCAUCUCUCUGGACCAUUAGCCAUACUGGCUGGGGCCUGAUGGGAAGUGGAGUCCAACAAGAUUCCCCCUCAUUCCUGCCCCCUGUGUUUUUAGUCAUUCCUCCCUAUCAUCAACAUAAAUGCAUGGAUUUCAGGAUGAGGGAGUUAGUUACUCACGCCACACUUUAAAAUCAGCAUUUUCCACGGGGCAGUUAUUUUUAUGUUUGUCUUUAACCUGAAUUUCUUUAGAGGUUGCAUAUUUAAUUUCCUUCUACCCAUGCUGGUCUCCUCUGAGUCUGAGUCUUUACAGAAAAUGGAUCUUGUAGGUUAAUUAAAUAUUAAAGGGCUUCAGCUAAUAACGAUGCUGGCGCAGCAGGGCAGGGCUGAGCUGCUGGAAAUGAAAAGGAGGCUCGGAUUCAUGGACCCACAACCACCGGUUUCUCUGAAAUGCUCUUUUGGUGAGAGUGCCUGGCUGAAAAUAAGAAAAAGACCUAUCUAUGUACACGUGGGAGAAAGCGGAAAGCAUUGGGAAGGAGCCUGGCAUAGCAGGUGUUACUUAGGCAUGGCAGAAUGACUAAGAGGAUGCUUUAAUACAGCUACAAUACAAGCAAAGGAAAGGAAGUUACAGAGGUGGGGAAACAACGCUCUCUACAGAAUAUUCCAUGGUGACUAAUGCAAGAGAAUUUUCUGAACGGAGAGGACUGAAGCAGAAUCAGAGGCAGCAAGCCUUUGGGCAUCUCCCUCAUUUGGAAGAGUAGAUGGCACCUUUUCAAAUUACUUUUUCAAACUGGAGGUAAUUGUUUGAAGACUGCAACUUUAAGAGCACUAAAGCAGAAGCUGGCAACUGAAGGCCUGCAGGCCAUAUUCAGCCCACCUGGCUUUCCCUCCUACGCAAGUUUUUCCACUCCUUCACCUCCUGGAAUGAUUGGUUCACAAGUGAGCUGGCACACAGCAACCUUGUGAGCUUCCAUGCUGCCUUUACAAAGCAUGCACAGGUAAUAAUGGAUAACUAACCUAAAAACAAGCACCACCCAGCAUAUCAGGGUAAGGUUUUCAGGGUUGAUUCUGAGGAAUGUCAAUUAUUGCUUUUGGGAACAGCUACUUCUGCAGUACAUAAAAACACAGAUUAUUUAUAAACUAGGCUUGAGUCACACAAAGGAAUUGGUUUAACAAUGCAGCUUUGCAUGAUCUGCUAUCAGUCUGAUCUUCAGACUGUCAGCAAACACCUCCUUCUUGCCCAAGUUAGCAUGUUACGGCAGAGCCCUUUGAGGUUUGAGGUGCAAGUAGCUCCGAUCCACAGCUUAAUUACAUUUCUUGUGUCCUGGAAGAAGAAGAAGAAGAAGAAGAAGAAGAAGAAGAAGAAGAAAGAACCACACCAGAGAAAAACACUCUUGACUGUGUAGACUGUGCCAUAUUUCAGAGAUGGAACAUAUUAGUCCAAUGGGCUCCACUGAGCAAAGGAAGGAAAUUAAGGCUGUGGGAUAGUCUGAGGCCACCGACGCCAAUUUCUCGAGGCCUUUCAAGCCAGGCCUAGCUUUGGAGAAUUAAAAAUGCUGGUUCGCAGCAAUGCAGAAGGAAAUGACUCUUACUAUUAGGACUGCAGGUGCAUCCUUGGCAUGGACAAAUGGUUGGGUGUGAAUUAGGCAAAAGCCUCCAGUUUGCUCCGCUUUCACAUUUGUUUCUCCUUGUUUGCUAUUCAUUGUUAAUCUAGGACAUGCUUUUUUCCCUGCACAGAAAAGGAAACAAAAAAAUAGACCACACACGCGCGCAGCUGAGCUUAGGCAACAGGAUUUGCCAAACAAACACCAAAACAGGACAGGGCAAGGCCCAGCUAUUUAUCAUUAGCUGCCGCCUCAUUUUCAGUGCCUGGAAGAAAUGCUAUACCCUUGAGCCAAAAGGCUUCUUCUUAAGAUAUUUGUGUGAUGUGCAACAAACGAGCAACCAUCGGUAGCGCUUUUGGGCAGCACAGUUUACCAGUGUGUCACCCUGCACACGCCCCUCUGAAAAUGAGUGGGUGCUGCUCCAGAGUGCUACCCCAUAUACAGUUGAUGCUCCUGCCAAGAUGGUAAAGGGUCUGGAAACCAAGCCUUAUGAGCAACAGUUGAAGGAGUUGGGUAUGUUCAGCCUGGUAAAGAGGAGCCUGAGAGGAGAUAUGAUAGCCAUCUUCAAAUAUCUAAAGAGCUGUCACAAGGAGGAUGGCGCAAGGUUGUUUUCUCCUGCUCUGGAGGGUAGUACUCGAACCAAUGGAUUCAAGUUACAAGAAAGGAGAUUCUGACUCAACAUCAGGAAGAGCUUUCUGACAGUAAGAGCUGUUCAACAGUGGAACAAACUCCCAUGAGACAUGAGAGGUGGUGGAACUUCACUGGAACUUUUUAAGGAGAGGUUGGGUGGUUGUUUGCCAUGGAUGCUUUAAUUAAGAUUUCUGCAUUGCAGGGGGUUGGCCAUGAUGCCCUUUGGGAUCCCUUCCAAUUCUAUGAUUCCUUUUGUAUUGGAUCAAGACAUCUUCCUCCAAGGAAGGGCUUCUGUUUCAGGGAUAUCGCGUUUCUCAAGCCCUUGAAACAUUUCCCCAGAAAAUGUGAUUCUUUUCCUAGCUAGAUCAUUGUGAUCUGGAGUGGCACUAGUAAUGUGGUGGCAUGAGAGUUGCAUGCACCAAUAGAUGGUGCCUGUAAUAUCAUAAAUGGUGAGUGGUAUGGCUGGUGCCACAACACCUGUCCCAUAUUGUGACGUUAAGACUGGUGAGGUCUUCCAGGUGAGGACCCACAUAACUCACCUCAAGGCAAAGAAUAAUGCAGAGAAACUCCUUUCCAGCUCUGAAUUAAUAUCCCUGCUUUACCUGAGAAUUCAAUUGCAAGGUGAGCAUAGGAAGGGGCUAUUUGACUGGACUAUGUAUUCCAUGGUUUAACCUGAAACUUAUUGAAACAAAAGUAUAUCAUACACCAAAAUGCUCAAGAGGGUGAAUUCUGUGGCACACAGAAAGUCUCCCAGAAUUACAAAAAACACACCCCAAGUAAAUUCCUCACACCCCCUUUUAUUAUUAUUUUUCACUCUUUUCUGUAUGCUCUUAAACUUUUCCAUGGAAAUUGCUGCUAAAUUUGGCUGGGUUAAAUACUUUUUAAAGGUAUUGCAUGUACAUUGCAUGUAUAUAUCCAUCUGAAGCUUGAGAGGUGCUCUUUCAGAUGGCACUGGGCUCAAUUUUUACCAUUUUAGCUACUUCAGGAAAUAUUGAGCUGCAUACAGCACAGAGUAAAACACACACACAACACCUCAAAGGAGAUGAUUUGAGGCGACUUUUUGUAUGUGACCAAGCUCAUCUUCUUGACCAUUUUGGUGUAUGAUAGUGUAUCUGUUGCAAUAAGUUUGAAGUUGAUGUUCUAGACAUUGCCUUCAGACCAUAUUUUCUGCUCCUAAGUGCAUCUUCUCUUGCUCACUCCUCCCACCCUAUGCGUUAUGUUCAUGGAAGGCAAAGCCCAUACUUGUAUUUGUUUUAUUCACACAUUACCCUUUCUCUCAUUAGAUCUCAGCGAUCAACUCCUGGAAGUUGUGGGCCUUGAAGGGGCAAUGGAGAUGGGGCAGAUCUAUACUGGACUGAAAAGUGCUGGCAAGAGGCUAGCUCAGUGUUCCUCCGUUACCAUCAGGUACCAAUCACCCCAGGCUUUUGCUCCCUGCAUCUUGUUUUUGCUCAAGUCUGCUGAAGAGCUCCGGAUGGUAUUCAAAGCAUGAAAUCACAGUACAGGCAGGAAAGCAUCACGUGGGGAGUGGGGGAGAGCAGAGACAGACAUCUGUUUUUUGUUGUUGACUCAAAUUGAUGUCUUGUUGGGCCUAUGCCACACAUAACAUUGUAGAGCUCAGGCAGCUAUGGCACCCAUAAAAUGCAGCAAUCUGUGCUAUAGAAGGAUGGAUUCAAGUUGUGUUGGAAGGGCCAAGAAGUAUUUCCACCUCCUAAUUAGUCCUGGGUAAGGAGAUUGCUAGGCAAGAUUGCUAGGCAAGGGAAGCAGCAGACUGGCUGUAGAGGUGGUAGGCAGCCAUGCCUACUGGACAGUCCAAGGCAAUCAACACACCACUGGUCACUGCAGCGCCAAAUGCUCCUCCUGACAGCAACUGGGACUAUAUCCUGCUUGUGAGUAAGGGAUACUGACUGAGUGCCUAUUCAUACAUAUGGGAAACAGGAAAGACGUGUGGAAUAGAUAGUCUAAGAGGUAGGGAAGCUGAGAGGACCUCCAGGCCCAGGGGAGCAUAGUUGGGUUGAGUGACAAUCUCCUUCCAGGACCUUUAGCAACUGGUUGAAGCAAGCAGGAAGGAGAAUGUUAAGGGUUCCUUUGGGCAGGUUGUAAGAGGCUUCAAGCUGGUCUGUGAGAGACUUAAGUGAAGAAGAAGGUACCUUGCACUCCUCUCCCUUGACCUCUGUUGCAGGUCCUUCUUGCAAUUCUCCCUGUUAUUUUUAAUACUAAGCUCCAAUUUUCUAGCCUUCCAGUGGUGCAUUUGAAAACGAGAUGGCAAAAAGUCCUAAAUGCUCAGAAAUAUAGAGGUGUAUUUGAGAUUAGAACAAAAGUCCAUUGCACACAAGGAGUGUUCUAGAAAAGCAGGUAGCAGGUUCACAUAUAAGGUGAAUGACAUUUAAGAGGUGGAUCUGAAAUACAGAAAUUGACUGGUCUUCCUUGCACUCCUCAACAGAUGGCUGAGCCAUCUCCAUUGUGAGUAAUAGAAUGUAGGGCUAGACCACCUUGUUUUUCUCCCUCUUUGCCAAAAAUGUUUGUUAUUAUCAGCUUGCAACAAGAUACAGUUACUGCCCCGGCUUAUCCACUUCAGUCUUGUUAACUUUUUCGUUAUGCCUUGUUUGUGGGUUCCAGAACAACCAAGCUUUUGCCCAUGCAAGUGGAUGGAGAGCCCUGGAUGCAGCCACCUUGCACAGUGAGUAGUUGCAUGUUAUGAAAGGGAUCUGGGAUAUGCAAGUGUAGCUCAUCUGUCAGUGCUAGAAGCUAUGGAAGAUUGAUCUCUAGAGCAGGAGUGACCGAUGUGAUGUCCUGCAGAUAUUGUUGAAUUACAGCUUCCAUCAUCCCUGGCCAUUGGUCAUGCUGGCUGGGGCUGAUGAGAACAUCUUGAGAAUACCAUGUUGGCUGUCCCUCUUCUGGAGAAUGAACUGCAGGUGAGACCCAGAUCUCAGUUGUGGAUCCUGGACAGGGGCUACGUUUCAAAAUCAGCUUUUAUUUCACAUGGAAACAAUGAAGCAAAAUAACUAUAAUAUCCUAGCAAAUAGCCCUCUACAAUUUUAGAAGGAGGAAGCAUGAUUUUCCUGUCUCCUUUGAUGUCAUAUUCUCAAACCCUUUCUCAGCAAUGGCAGUCACAUUUGUAUUCCUAAUGGAAAAUCAAAGGGGAAAGCGGGAGAGACCUAUGGUGGUUGUACACUGCUACAACAUUACGGACAUUGCUGUACCUUCUAUGUCUCCACACCAUUGUACAUCAUCUGAAGAUCAAAGGAGGAUGUGUUAGACAUGUAAAAAAAGACAGAUUGUCCUCUGUUAUUUGCGAUUGAGUAGAACAGAAUGUUGCAGUGAACUAUUUCAGCUGAAAAUAAAGGAUCUUAAGAUUCAUGUGUACAUACAAAUAUCACCCAGUGGUCAGGAAAUAACAUUAGGAACAUUUUUUUCAUUGGUUGUUGAAAACCUUGUAUAGUGCUUCUUCUGUUUCCUAGGUUCCCCUAUGGGAGUUGAAACCCUUUGACAGAGAAGCAUUGGUUGUAACUGUAUACUGUGGUGGUAUAAAAAUAUUCCCAAAAGCAAUUGUGCUGAGCACUUGGAGGCAUCUAGGGAUCCAGUUCCUUUUUCUGUGUGAUUCUGGAUACCAGCCUCCAGCCUUCAUAUUGCAUUGAGGCCUUAUCCUUGUGGGAGAUGACUUGUCAGACAGGAAGUGCUUUCUGUGGUUUCCUGGGAGCCUGCCUGCCACCCCUGAACCAUCUCAGGGGGUUGUCCUGAUCCUCUGCUGCCUCCACACCCACCCAGAGGUCUUAAGGUCGUAUCACAGUGCUGCCUCCAGUUUGAUUGGUAUUCCGAUAAGCAGCCUUGCUCAUGUUGCAUAAGGAACUGGGCAGACUUGUCCUUCCUUUCCCUGCUUCCUGAUGCAACAGGUGUGGGGGUGGAACUUGUGAGCAGCGCCUCUCUUGACGGUGGCUUGAUUGGGUCACAGGAGGGCACUCUGGCACCCCAUACAUUUAAAGCAGUCUUAUACAACAACAUCUGGAUGGCCGCCGGCUCCUCAUCCCUGCUUCCAUCCGUGAAAGCAACAGCACUGUUGCAGUUUAAAAUGGCUGCUGGAUAAAAUCAGACACAUGUUCAAGUGCAGGUGUGGCCUACUGGAACUGCCCAGUUUUCAAUGGGAUACUGUCCCUGCUCCCCACACACCCACAUACAAUCCACAGCAAGGUGCCCACUUAUCCAAGGCAUCUUCACGUGCUUGCAAGUGGUCAAAAGCCAGGUGCAAAAUACACCUGGCUAAUUUUGAACACUGCUUAUACCACUUAAAACCUGGCUUCCCCUCAAAGAAUCCUGGGAACUGAAAUUCAUUAAGGAUGCUUCAGAGACCCCUAUUCUGCUUGCAGAGCUACAAGUCCAAAAGUUCCUUGGGAUGAGGGAUUGAUUGAUAAACCACUCCGAGAAUUAUGGAUCUCUGAUGGGAAUAACAACUCUCAGUGCCCUUAACAAACUACAGCUGCCAGGAUUCUUGGGAUGGGGGAACCAUGACCUUUAAGGUGAUAUAGGUAUAGGGCAGAAGGUCUUAGGGUCAACCCCUGGCAUCUCCAGCCAGAACUAGGAAAGGCCGCUCCCUGAAAUUCCAGGGAGCUGCUGGCAGUCAGUGUGAACAGCACUAAGCCAGGUGGACCUGCAUUGCUGGGGAUGGACUACAAGACCUUUGGGGUCCCUUCCAGCUCUACAAUUCAAUGAUUCUAUGACCAGUGGGUCAGAUUUGGCAUAAGGCAGCUUCCUAUGUCCCCUGAGCUCUUGGCAUAAUGGCUGUGCAGAAACAGCAAUGCUCUAAUCCCGAUGCUAUUUCUUUCCGUUCAGAUUAAAAUCACCCACAAAAGCCAAGUGCCGAUGUUACUGGGACCUCCCCAAAAGAGCAGCUUCUUCUUCCUGAGGAGGAGGAACCGAACUCGAGACUAA